CCUGUCCUCCGGCGCCCCGCGACUCUUCUUCCCCACUUCUCUGUGCUCGCCAACAUGGCGGCGCUGAGGGCUCUGUCGGCGGCGGCACCGGGCAUCUCGCCCGGUGCGGCUGCUUCUCCGCGGCAUAGACUACUGCUGGCUUCGCUGCUGUGGCGGCCGGCGGCGGGAGCUCACUCGUGGAAGUGGGGGCGUCCGCCCCGGAGGAUAUCGCAGGUGCGCCGGUGGGACUGAGGCGGGCGAGCGGGCGGAGAGGUGGGCUCGCUCCGCCGCGGGAGGGUUGAGGGGAGGCUGAGGGGCGGGGAACGUCCUGAGGGGACCAAGGUCGGUUAUUCCGCGCGGGUUACGAGGGUGUCCCAAGCGAGAGUCUCCUAAAUGCGAAGCUGUGUGUCCCAGCCCUGAUGUCUCUAAAAGAGGAUUAGGUCAUUCAUGGAGGGUGAUAAGGAUCAAUGCUUUCUUUCCACAGUGGCUAUGUCUUUCCUGCACGGCCAGAGGCAGCAAUACUUCUGAAUACCAGUUGUUAGAAACCUCAGGCGAGGCGAGUCCUGCUUGCGGGUUUCCCCAUAAUAGGCACCUGCUUAGCUUCUGCGAGAACAGGACUAGGUGGGCUGUUGGCCUGAUCCAGCAGGCUCCGCUUAUGAUCUUAUGUAAAACCUAGUUCCUAAUGUUUCUUAUCACACUUGUUUGUGAUCAAGGGACAGCAACGAAACUUUCCUCCUCCUCUUUCCUGGAGUGAAUUCCAAGUUGUAAGCUCCUCUAGGUAGGGCUCUGGUGCUUUGCAAACUGAUAGUGCUCUUUCGUAAUGAUAAUAGUUGCUGUCGGGACCGUCCUGGGCCUAUGUAGAUAAGGGCAGCUGUGGAUUCUCAAAAGCUGGGCUCGGUGGUAAUGUCCCUUUUACUUUUUCCCACAUGGUGGAAUGUCUGCUGCCUGUGUGGAAAUCAAAAGCUGCUGUGUGUGAGAGAAAACUUUGCCCUCUGGUCACUUAGAUGGCCCAGACCCACACAUGGGCUUUAUGGGGAGAGGUGCAGUUGUGUAUCUGCAGAUGUAAUAGCAAUGUAUUGUACAAACAAUAAAAUAAAUAAAAUAACACGGCUCUUUGGGGGCAGACAAUCCAGCCAUUUGCCAUGUCAGCAGACAAAAAAAAAAAAAAAAAGCCUUAUUGAGGAUCUUAUUGCAAAUGUAAAAUGUUGGUACUAGUAUAUAAUGCCCAGUGCUUUUUUUUCUAGAAAAAUAGGUGCUGUAUCUCACCAUGAAGUUACUGCAGUAAGUGCCACACUUUUUAAAAACAAAAUAGAGGUGCUGGUACUGCAUAUCCUUGAGUACUCCCUGAAAAAGCACUGAUGAUGCCCUACAUAGUAAUAAUCAUAUUAACAUUUUUAUUUUGCCCUUCUUCCCAAAGGAGCCCAGGGCGGCAAACACAAACAAUCAAUUAAAACAUCUUAAAAUAAUUCUAAUACAGUGGUACCUCGGGUUACAGACGCUUCAGGUUACUGACUCCGCUAACCCAGAAAUAGUACCUCGGGUUAAGAACUUUGCUUCAGGAUGAGAACAGAAAUCGGGCGGCGGCAAAAGGCGUGGCGGCAGUGGGAGGCCCCUUUAGCUAAAGUGGUGCUUCAGGUUAAGAACAGUUUCAGGUUAAGAAUGGACCUCCAGAAUGAAUUAAGUUCUUAACCCAAGGUACCACUGUACAGACCUAGCCCUGGGAACCAUGUUCUUGAAGGGACACUUUUUCCCAUGUGUUUUAAACUGCAUUUUACAAUGGGAGAAUAUACCUUUCUUGUAAUACCACUGCUAUGGAUGUCUAGGAGGCUGCAUAUGUGAGAGGGGUUUCUCUGUGGUGGACAUUUGUCCAGACUUUUGGAAGGUGAUGGGUACACGUAGGCUCUGUGAUUUUAUAAUGAAUAGGGUUUCAUCAGAUUUUAUAUUGUUAGCUCCCCUGGGCACCUUUUAGGGAGGAGAUUUGGGCUAUAAAUUUAAUAAAUACACUCUACGUAACCCUGGGUAUCUAUUCACAUAAAUUUUAAUUAUUAAGUGUAGAAGUAGGUUUCCCCUUUAAUGGAAACUGACAGGAGACCAAUGAAGAAAGAGAAAUGUAUCAAUCCUGUCCGUCAAAAUUAAAAAUGUAUCACCUUUUACAUGUUUUUCACAUGACAUUUACUUUUAUCUACUGUGAUAUUAGGGAAGCGGGUGGCACUGUGGGUUAAACCACAGAGCCUAGGACUUGCUGAUCAGAAGGUCGACGGUUCGAAUCCCCGCAACGGGGUGAGCUCCCGUUGUUCAGUCCCUGCUCCUGCCAACCUAGCAGUUCGAAAGCACAUCAAAGUGCAAGUAGAUAAAUAGGUACUGCUCCAGCAGGAAGGUAAACGGCGUUUCCGUGCGCUGCUCUGGUUCGCCAGAAGCGGCUUAGUCAUGCUGGCCACAUGAUCCGGAAGCUGUACGCUGGCUCCCUCGGCCAAUAAAGCGAGAUGAGCGCCGCAACCCCAGAGUCGUCCAUGACUGGACCUAAUGGUCAGGGGUCCCUUUACCUUUACCUUUACUGUGAUAUUGUUUAUUUUAAGAAAUAGAUCACAAAACAAAAGUACAUAUAAGGGUCAUUCCACGCCAAAUCACCUGAUUUUAAUACUCAACCGUGCUCUCACGACUCAGAUUUUCUUCAAAAAAUUUUUUUCUGUAGAUACUUAUGAGAUAACCUCAAAUUAAUUUUUUUUUUUUUUUUGGUCCAAAAUUGGGCGCAGGAGAAUUUUUUUAACAUUUCAAUUUUUGCUUGAUUUAGGCUAAUGCGAUUUCUGUUUAGGAAAAAAACCUCCUGUUCUGCUUAUUUUUCAACCAAUUGGGCUUAUUUGGGUAUCAAAAUAAAGCUAAUUUUUGUCUCUUUCAAAAUAAGGUAUAAAAAUGGUAUUAAGUGCAACAGAAAAGGGUCACCGACCAUUCAUAGUGAAUUUUAGUCAUUUUAUACCUCGGUAGGUUCAAUAAGCCAUAGCGUGCAAACCACAACUAACACAUGUAUCAUACCUUUUUUUUUAUAGAAUGGGCUAACCAUGUACUUUUUAUGUUUUAUAAAUAAGUGUGUUUUUGUGGUUAUAAAAUAAACUGAUUUUGAAGUAAUUUUUUUAAACAAAUAUAUAUAUAUAUUUGUGUGUGUACAGGUUUAAGGUCUCUUUGAGCCUGAAAUAACUCACACAUUCGUGAGAAUAGUUAAAAUUGCACUCUCUUAUGUUACACUGUCAUCUGAUGUUAUUUUUACAUUAUUUCACUGUUAGCUUACCUUUGUAGUGAAAGGUUACAUCAUACUUUUUUUCCAAUUUCUGCACUUGUUUGUGGACCUUACCGUCUAUGACAUACAUCCUUCCUAGUUGAUGAUGAAGGAAAUGGAACUUCUCUGAUUAUAUUUUCAUAGGGCACCCAGCAGCAGUCAUUCUUAGUUGGCCAAAAAUAGGUUGGUAAAGGAUCAGGUGGAUGCAUAAACUGAACUUUAGCAUGAGUGUAAUGUAAUGCAAUAUAUUUUAUGAAGAAUACAAUGCAGUAUCUUUUGUGAAGGAUUGUUUAUUACAACAGCAGUUAUAAAGAAGAAACGUGAGACACAUAGAAAAAAUGAGAUAUACAAAAAUUCUCACCAUGUCAGUUAAUACUUAGUUGGGUAACCUUUGGCCUUCCCAUGGAGUGAACCAAGUUUUUUAGUUCUACAGCUGUAAUAAUGUGAAACCAAGAUUGAAUUAUUGCCUCUAUUAAUUGGGUUUUAUUGCUGGGUUGCUUCCAACCAUCAAGUUUCUUUAGUUGGCUCCAUAGAUUUUUUAUUGAGUUCAGGUAUGGGCUAUGUAUUUUGGGGUGUUUUCAUUCCCAUUAAUGACUCAAAUUCUGCCCACACUUUUUGCUGUCAUACAACCCCAGAUCAUAACACUAACUGGGUGUUUCACGGUAGGUGUAAUGCAAGUAGGAUGUAAAUCUUCUCCGAUUCUCCUCCUCGCAUAUUUCAUGCCAUCACUACCAAGCAAGGAGAUUUUGGUCUCAUCACUCCAAAUAACACUGCCCCAUUGUUCCACUGUCCAGUUAACAUGAGCUUUAGCCCAGUUUAAUCUUUUCAACCUUUGUUUGAGAGAUAACAAUGGCUUUUUCCUUGGAAUUCUAGCAUUUAGAUCAUAUUCCUGCACUCUGUGCCGAACAAUCCUUGCACUCAACUUCACAUUACAUUGCGCCAUGUCAUCUUGUAUACACCCAGAUGAUUUUCUUCUGUCAUGUAGGCACAGUCUCUCAAUUCUUCUAUAUUCACUUGCUGUUGUGCACCUUUUCCUGCCUUUACUAGUCUGAUUUUGUAGUGACUGAGUCUCCUCAUACCUCUUCAGAAAUUUAGAAAUGCCAACUUUGGUUAAGUUUCCACCAAUUUUUCUUCUACUUUCUUCAUAACUGUAGCCUUGUUCACUUAGUAGUACUGUUUUACAUAGUACUUUCUGGGUGACCAGUCAAGUCUUUGCACCAUUCCUUUAAUUUUAUUAUGUUUUACAAGCUCAAUAAAUGAAAGAACAAAAAACCCCCAACCAACUUGAUAGCAAUCACAAAACACACUGACAAAUGUCCUUAUUUAUGUUGUAAUAUAUAAUCCUUCAUAAAAGUUAUUGCACUACAUUCUUCAUUAAAUUAUCUUUCCAUUGAUAUAUAAUUUUAUGAUAUUACUCCCAAAAAAGUGGUGUUAUGAGCCAUUAUUGCCAAAACAAGAUGACACCUGAUUGGCUCUCUAAACACUCCUUUUUCUGGUUAUUUGGCUAUAACUUUUGGUAGAAUACAGAAAUGGAACAAACUUCAUUGUAUUACAUUCUUCAUUAAAUUAUCUUUCCAUUGAUAUAUAAUUUUAUGGUAUUACUCAAAAAGAAAGUGGUGUUAAGGAGCCACCAGACUUUGAAAAUACACUUUCUCCAAAAGGUUUCUACAAUUUUGGCCACUAGUGUAGAAUGCUGCUGCCAGAGUUUUGACUGGUAUAGCUAAGAGAGAUCAUAUUGUUACAAAGGUUGCGUACCACCCCCAAUCUCUGCAAAGUUGUAGCAAGAUUCCAGAGGGUUCCUGGUGCUCACCCAGUGUUGUGUUUCUCUUGGGAGACCGAGGCACAGCGGAGACUACUGUCCUUAAAAAAUGUGGUUUAUUUUACACUUAUUUACACCUAAAGCCUUCAGUGGAGGGGGCAGAGAACAUUAUCCCCCAAGAGUGUCCCUGAUGGCGUCUUUCAAUAGCUUCAAGUGAGUUUGGGUCCAAAGCAGCAGCCAGUCAUGGCCCCCAGUCUCUCAGUGCAGCCUCCUCUUGUCAGCAUUGCAUGGAGUCCCCCCCCUCCUUGUUUCCAGAACACCUUGCCAAAAAAUACCUCCCCUUCCAUCUGUUUAUUCCCACUUUCUCCAGACCUCUGUUUCUUUAAAAAGGACACAUUUUUCCUUUGCUUCCUGUAACAUCCCCCUCCUAGUUCUGCUAUUUCUUCUGCUAACUAACACACAGCUGGGGGAAGGACAGCACCUGCAUGGUCAAUUGUUCUUUAAUGGCCCACCACGUAGUUUUCCUUGUGUUCUUAAUGAUAUCACUACCAGUGGUCUCCUGAACAGGAGAACUGAUUCAGCUUGUAUUUUAAAUCUAACAUCUUGCAUCUUCCCUUUAUUCUCCAAAAAUCAGCUAAAUUCUACCACAUUAUUUAUUUCUGACAUGCACUAACUAGCAGUUAUGGAUGCCCUUGCACCCCCAAACUCUUUUAACCCAGAUCUGUAACAAUAUUAUACCAAUUGUCAAAUAACUGCAUUAGCUGCUUAUUCACUUUCAAGCCCAAUUCAAGAGGCUUAAGUAUAUCCUUAAAGCCUUAAGCAGCUUGGUACCUGAACACCUGAAGGAGUAUCUAUCAGUCUGCUCAAACUUUAAGACCAGCGGACAGAUCUCUUCUUCACAUUCCUCUGUUGGGGAGGCUGAGCUUUCUCUGUGCCACCACCCUGUUUGUGGAAUUCCCCCUCCUUACAGAUAUGUCAGGGGCCAGUACUGUUGUCAUUUCAGUGUCAUGUGAAGAUAGACAUGUUUGCUCAGGCUUUUAGAUUUUUAAUAGGUGAGCAUUUUAUCCAUUAACAAAUUCUACAUCACAGAAUUCCUGGAAAGUCACAAAUGUUUAAAGUGGAGUCAUAGUUCUUUAAAUAUGUGGUGUGAAUGUGGUCCUAGUCUAGUCAUUUCACAGGGUUGCCAUUAGGACAGAAUAAGUGGGGGUGGGUGGGCUUAGGGAAUCAUGUACACUAACCUAAGUUCUUUGGAGGGAAGGUGAGUUAAAAUAUAUGGAUCCUGUCACUACCAUACUCUGCAUUUGUGGGUUGAUUCAAACAAGUAGAUGAGUAUCUCAGUCUUGAAAAGAAACUUGAAACAGUUACUACCUCACAAAUACUUCAUAUACCAACAUUUACCAAUCAUUGGUAAAAUCAACAUUCCAAUUUACUAAAGGUUCACUCUCAGGCUCUGUAAGUGACUGUUUCAAUAACUGGAACAACUAAUUACACCUUUAGCAUUCUUGGCACAUUUUGUACUCUGAAAUGCUUUCCAGAAAGUAAAUUAUUUGCUCUGGCCUUUUUGCAAACUAGUCAGCGUACAAUAUCCUCUCCAGUUUAUCUGCUUUGUAGUACUGCUCGAUAGUUUCAACCCUUGUCUAUCUGUUUUAUUGACAUUUGUUCAGUGAUUCUAUCCUCCCCUAGCCUCAAUUAUGAAUAUUUAUUUAGACUAGAUUAGUAUAAGUCAAAAUUCAUAGUUGCAGUUGAAUAACUAUUUAGGCUUUUAAGAAUAUUUGUUACAUCAAAUUAUACUCAUGGUUUAAUUAAUGACAUUUAAUGAAUUACUUUGCUUAGGGGGAAGAACAGAAUGAAAGGAAGUACUACUUCACCUAGCAUCACAUAAGUAACCCACAGGCUGUAUCAGUGGCUGUUCACUGCCUCCAGUAUCAGCCUUUGAAUACCCACUGAUGGAAAUCAAAAGUGGUGAGGGUGCUGUUGUGCAUAUGCCCUGCAGGGCUCCAAAUACGUCCCCAAAUGCAUAUUUGAGUAAAAAGUGAGUCCCAACUCUGAAAACAAUGAAGCUGUUGAGUUAGAUCAGUGGCUGCUUCCAGAUUUUGGAACUCAUUCCCAAGAGAAGUUAGACUGGCUUCCACCUUGCACUUCUGCUGGCAUGUGAAGACUUUCUUGUUCCAACAGACUUUUGGAACUGCUUUAAAUUAAAGAACUGGUGCCUGUUUUUAUUGUAAUUAUUUGUAUGGUUCUUGUUUUUAUCUAUAAGCUGCCUUGUGCCCCUGUCAGGGAAAAAAGCAGGGUAGUAGUUGUAGUAGUAGUAGUAAUAAUAAUAAUAAUAAUAAUAAUAAUAAUAAUAAUAAUAGGCUAUUUGAGGGGAAAGUGCUGAAGCAAAGUCUUGAGUGCAGAGUCCUGUGUGGAGCUGUCCAAAUGCUGAGGGUAGGUUCCUUAAUAGAGAUAUAGCAUGAUUAAAUUAGAGAUAUAGCAUGAUGCCAACUUGGCCACAUAGUAUUAUUUCUUGUAGCCUUUCUAGUUUUAUGAUCAUUUAUAUUUGCUUUCUGCUACCUCACCACUGGUUAAUCUUUAUCCAAAUAAAAAAAAUGAUGAACUUUUAGAAUAUGUUCAAGUAAAUUAACAUAGUUUUUAGCUAAUUAACUUAUUUUAAAUAGAACAGUUGAAACAAUAGGCACUGAACUAAGAUAAAUAGGUGUGCCUAUUUUUCUCUCCAAAGUAGCUAUAAUACUCGAAGUAUUGAAAGAUAUGGAUAUAAGAAUAUGUCCUUAAAUCUGUUUUAGCCAAAGUGUGCAGAAAAAUUCUUCAGUUUUGUAAAACAAAUUAAUCUACCGUAUUUUUCCCUCUAUAAGACGCACUUUUUCCCCUCCAAAGAGGGGAAAGACGCACUUUUCCCCCUCCAGAAAUGAAGGGGAAAUGUGUGUACGUCCUAUGGAGCGAAUGGAGAGCGAGAGGGGUCGGUGAGCACUGACCCCUCUCGCUCUCCAGGCUUCAGGGAUAGCCACCUGAAGCCUUUGGAGUGCAGUGGGAAGUCGGGCUGCACUCCAAAGGCUUCGGGUUCCUUUUGCUGAAGCCGGGAGAGCUGCGUCUUGAAGCACGACUGGCGGGGUCUGCGCACUUGCCCCGAGGCAGCUUGGCCGGCUGGGUGGGCUGAGGGAACUCUUCGGCUAUGCAGACGAAUUGCGGCAUUACCGCCUGGUAGCUCAAGCAGAUGCCCAUCAGCUCCGUGGGCUUGGUGGUGGCGGCAGCCAUCAAGCGGGGAAAAGAGAAAAGCAGCAAAAAAGGGAACAUCAAGAAAGAGCGCGCGCGCCAGAAAACCAGCACCCCGAAGAGCUCCUUGCGCUUGGGUCUUGCUUUGUGCUGCUGCUUAUUCUUCACUGCCUUGAGGCAUUUCUCUCUAAUGCGAGGGAGACCCGGACGAAAAAGGUGGGAAAGCCGCCGGAGGUGGGGCGAGAGGGUGGCUUCUGCUGCUUUGCAGCCACAAAAGUGAGCUGGGGAGGAGGGUAAAUCCUGCUGGUGGCGGCGACUGGCAGAAAGAUGCGCGCGCUCCGCUGGUGUCCUCAUGCCACGCUCUCUCUCUCGCCUGCCCACACAGGAGCAUGCUCAGAUGACAAGCAAUGCCAUUUAAAGGCGGUGAGGCCGCUUCCCUUCCACCUGACGACGACGUAGACGCGCGCUCCCACCACCCCUCUCCCUCGCUGCCAUGGGGGGAUUGCUCUUCCAAGGAACGGCGGAAAGCCCCGCCAGCACCCACCGCAGAAACGGCCGGGGGAGGGAGCGAGGGAACCUGAAAGGCGAGGCGGGGGGGGGGGGCAAGACGAGAGAAACGCCAAAACACGUCGCCCCUGCCCGCUGGGGGAGGGGGGUUCCUGGAGAAGAAGCGGCCCCUUUUUUGCAGGGGGAGGCGGCGAAGGCAGCCGGGAAAGCAGACGCGGAAUAGCCGCAAUGGGAUCUGCCGACUUUCUUUUUUUAAAACUUUGAAGCAGCCACAGGGGAAGCAUAGAAUCAUAGAAGUCUGACUUCGAUCAUAGAAUUGUAGAGUUGGAAGGGGUCCCAAAGGUCAUCUAGUCCAACCCACUGCAAUGCUAGGGGAUUUUAUUAGCAGCGUUAACGGGGGGGGGUUAAGUGCGUGAGUGUGGAUUUAAAUCCCGCUCCCCACAUGGUCUGUUUCCUUCCUCUUUGCAACCCCAAAUUCUGGCUGCUGUUAUCCCACCUGCACUGGGGAUGAUUUUCACACACAAACACGACUUAAGACGGCAAAAAGAUCAGUGCAGACAUACAUUGUGUCGCUUGCAAAGCAGCGCUUGGUUUUGUCAAGCCGAUUUGGAAGGAAGAUGUCUGGUUGGUCUGGGGCUCCGUCACUUCAGCCCCCCCUAACCCUAGCCUUGUGCUGCAAAACAGAUCCCCACAUCAAUUUUCUUGAUUUCCCCCCCUAAAAACUAGGUGCGCCCUAUGGUCCGGUGCACCCUAUGGAGUGAAAAAUACGGUAAAUACAAUUUUCAUCAUCUGUGUGUUUACUGUCAUAUUAAAUAUUGCCACGUUCAAGGAAUUGAAAGUAGAUCAGAAGCAUAGCAGGAGCAUAUAUAUUAUGCAGUCUGUCCUUCAUUGUUUCCAGGAACAUUUCCACAAAAAGUAAUAGCAUGGUCAAACAGUGUACACUUUGGGAUCACUUUGGCAGAACUUCGUUGGCAAGCUUAUCAUAAUAAAUAAAUAAAUUCAGGCACAACAGGCACACACAAUACAGUGUCUGAGACCUUUGGAGUAUAGGUCCCAUAUUAGUAGAUCAUAUACAUUAGAACCACUUCAUUUACAUUUAGUGCUUGUGUAGAAGGAUUCUUCAGUGCUUUUGACAAGUGUGGGGGGAAAUACGUAGUAAGUUAUUCUCAUAUAUUCAACCAGUACACAAUUAAAUACAAAUUUAAGUGCUUUCCAGCCCUGUUUAACUUUCAUGUUGCAGACAUUCAGGCUUAAAAUACAGUGGUACCUCGGUUUUCGAGCGUCUCCAUUGACAAACAUUUCAGUUUUCGGACAACAUAAACCCAGGAAUAAAUGCUUCCGUUUUUGAACGUGCCUCGGAAGUUGAACAUGAAACACGGCUUCCAUAUUGAGUUUUCCAUUUUGAGGCUUCCAUUUUGAGUUUUUGGUUUUCAAAUGUUUCAGAACUCAGAACUCCGGAAUAGAUAACGUUGGAAAAUUGAGGUACCACUGUAUUUUAAAUGUUUUGUCUGGUUUGUCUUCAGUUUGUAUGCUCUUUGAGGAUAAUAGACUAGGGAGCAAAGUAGCCUGGGUUUGUCAAAAUAAUACUGUCUUUAAGCAAUGUAAAUAUCUCUUACAAUAGAGUUAUGAGCCACAGUAAAAGAAAUAAAGAAAGGACACAUUACACACCAUAGCUUUUCUGCUAGAACAUAUUUGACACAGUUGCAUCAUCUGAAAAAUGUGAACUGGACCAGGGUUCUGAAAUGCAGACAGCAGCAUGGUUAACAACAUGUCAUCUUAUGUGGAAUAUGAUAUAUAUGAAAAAUGAUUGUUCUGUGAUCAUGCCCGCAGUCAUAGGUUAAGGUCAGUUUGAGAAUCACUGGGUUAUAUGAGGUUAAUAUGACAAGUACGCAACUGGCUACCAUCCCCUGACCCUAAACCCAUUACACAUUAGAAACUACCACGAGGAUUGAUGGGACUUGCCAGGAAAUGUGUGUAAAAUAAGCAUGUAAGGGGUAUUUACUAGUCAAGGAUAAUGAACAAUGGCCCUACAGUGAGGUAACAAGGAGAUCUGCUAACAAUGUAAUCCAUGCUGUUCAGCAGAAAAUCCAUAUAUUUGUUGAUAACCCAAAGCUUGAGCACAAACACCCAAGAAACAAAGAAAAUUCAGAGGGAGUGGAAAUUCAGUGUGUUUGAUUGGAAAAACCCCCAGAUAUAAUUAAAAGAACAAAAGCAAAGUUCUUAUGACUAUUAUACAUUUUUAUAUUGUUAUUUCCAGUAAUAUAAAGGGGAUGGCGCUUGUUUGUUUUUUCCUCUUGGGUGUUUUUCUACCCUUCAUCAGGGAGAGAUCAAUAUAGUUGGUUUUUCUUAGGGUCUUACCUGCUAGCCUUUUUAAAGAACUGGCGAGGAACUACCUUGAGACAAGUCCUCUAUGUCCUUGUUCACAUACCACAUUAACCAGAGCAUGAAAGAGCAGCAUGCUGCUGCUGGGGGACAAGCUGUUGUCUGACUGGUCAAGUAGAAGCCAAGGUUUGCUCUUGGCUUACUAUUUAUGGUUUGUUUGGAGAACACAAAUCAUUAGCCUGGGUUUGGACUACAUGACAAGCCAGACCAUGGCUUUUUCCCUAGCAGCAGUAGUGGGGAAGGAGUGAAGCACCUGUCAGCACACAAGAAGGUAAGUGUUUGCUGGAUCAAAGCAAAGACUCAUCUAGUCCAGCAUCCUGUUUUUGAAGAGGCUAAGCAGAUGCCCAUUAUGAGAAACCCACAAACAGGUCUUACCUCUCCUGAGGUUUCUAGCAACUGGUAUUCAGAAAUAUUGCUGCCUCUGACCGUGCAAAUAGGACAUAGCCAUUGUCCAGCACCCUGUUCUCACGGUGGACAACCAGAUGCCCCAAUGGAAAGCCACAAGCAGGACCCAAGUGAAAGAACUCUCUCCCCUCUUGUGGUUUAUAUGCACUGUGGUUUAAUGAGAUGCGCAAACCAGACCUGGGAGUCAAAAUCCCUAGCCUGGGUUUUGUAUAUAGAUCAUAGCAAGUACAAGAGCAUGAAAAUAUGCUCUGAAGAAAUGAGUUAUUUAAAAAAAUUAAAUUCACAUGGUAUAAGAGGAAGGAAAGAUUAAGUUGGAAGAUUAAGUUCUGGAAGUUGGCCUUCCAGAACACAAAAGAACACAAGCCUGGUGGAAAUACAAGUGAAAGAAGGGGAAGGUUCAUUGCCAUUUAGCAUUUUAAAUAGUUAGACACAUUUUAUUUUACACCCGCUCCCCAGUCAGUAGUCUUCAUAUAUUCUUUUGUUCCUUUCCAGAAGCAAAUGGUCUUUAAGUGUGCUAGGAUGUGCACAUGAAAUGCUUGGAGUAUUAUCUGUUCAUGGACUUUGUGCUCUUGUGUACCAGAGUCUCUUUUAUCCUUUUCAGAUUCCACCAAUAUUAAAUCAACUCCCAUGGCAAAGUUCAGGGAGAUCCUCUUCAAGACAACUAUUGGAUGCUGCAAAGGUAGGAUUGAGCUCUUCUGUUAGUGAAGAAAAAACAACAACCUGCCUAGACCAUCUUCUGAUGUAUGCCAUACAUUUUGCUUAAUCUGCAUAACUUUUAUCUUAUAACUUAAGAAGAAGAAUCCUAUUCACUGGUUAGGGACUGUUCUUCUUUCAUUCUGCACGUGCACCAUGAACAUUAUAUUAAUAAUAGGUGCCAAAAAGUAUUCACUGGGGAAAAUAUUCCUUAAACAGGCACCACAACUGAGAAGUCCCUGCCUCCACCCAUCUCACCUCAGGCAGCUGAGACAACCAAAUAAGAGCUUCUGAGCAUAACUCAUGUAAAUGGGCAGGCUAAUGUUGAAAUGGGCAAUCCUUCAGUUAUCCAGGUCCCAUACCACUAGCCCAUGAGUAGGCAAACCAAGGCCCGGGGGCCAGAUCCGGCCCAAUUGCCUUCUAAAUCCGGCCUACAGACGGUCUGGGAACCGGUGUGUUUUUACAUUAGUAGAAUGUGUCCUUUUAUUUAAAAGGCAUCUCUGGAUUAUUUGUGGGGCCUGCCUACUGUUUUUACAUGAGUAGAAUGUGUGCUUUUAUUUAAAAUGCACCUCUGCAUUUUUUGUGGGGCAUAGGAAUUCAUUCAUUUCCCCCCCCCCCCAAAGAAAAUAUAGUCCGGCCCCCCACAAGGUCUGAGGGACAGUGGACCAGCCCCUUGCUGAAAAAGUUUGCUGACCCCUGCACUAGCCCUUCCAUUUGUGAUUGGAAAUAGGCUAGGAUCUUAUGGAGGAAUUUUGGCAAGGCAUGUUCCCACUCACUGUCACAGCCUUGGUUUACAACCAUAAUCCACUCCAGAGGUCUGUUUGUAAACCAAAACAGGUUGUAACCCAAGGCGUGCUUUCGCCAAUGAGGCCUCCCAAAAAAAUUUGUUCAUAAUAAAAAAAAAAUGGGUUGUAAUCCAAAAAAAAAGGUUGCAAACUGGGACACGCACUUCCGGGUUUGAUGUGUUUGUAAUCCAAAAUGUAUGCAAACCAAGGUACCACUCUAUUUUGAACUAACUGAAAUUUCAAAUAGUCUUCAAAGGCAGUCCCAUGUAGUGUAAAUUACAGUAGUCUAACCUGGAGCAUUACCAGAGUUUGAGUAACUGGCUAACCUGUUUCUGUCUAGGAAGGGCUGCAGUUUACGUAAGAGUCCUAACUGGUGAAAGCUUACUACAUGCCAUAGAGGCCAUAUGGGCCUCCAGGAAUGUUAUUGGAUUUUAUAAACAUCCACAAGCUUCAGGGGAAGUGCAGUUUCAACUAGACAAACCACCCAGCAGCAGUACUUUUGUCUUUAUCUGGAUUGAGUACCAAUUUUAUUGGUCCUUGUCUAGUUCAUUAUUUAUGCUAGUAUAUUGUACAUGAUAUUGGGACGCGGGUGGUGCUGUGGGUAAAACCUCAGUGCCUAGGGCUUGCCGAUCAUAUGGUCGACAGUUCAAAUCCCCGCGGCGGGGUGAGCUCCCAUCCUUUGGUCCCAGCUCCUGCCCACCUAGCAGUUCGAAAGCACCCUUAAGUGCAAGUAGAUAAAUAGGUACCGUUUUAUAGCGGGAAGGUAAACGGCAUUUCCGUGUGCUGCGCUGGUGCCGGCUUGCUAGAGCAGCUUCGUCACGCUGGCCACGUGACCCGGAAGUGUCUCUGGACAGCGCUGGCCCCCGGCCUCUUAAGUGAGAUGGGCACACAACCCUAGAGUCGGACACGACUGGCCCGUACGGGCAGGGGUACCUUUACCUUUACCUUUAUUGUACAUGAUCCCAAUAUAUUAUACAGUCAGUAAUACAAUUAUGCAUAUCUAUGGUGCUACCCUAUCUGGAAUACAGUGUAUAGUUCUUUUCGUCUCACCUCAAAAAGGAUACCAUAGAGAUGGAAAAGGCUCAAUAAAGGGCAACAAACAUGAUCAAGGAAAUUGAACAACACCCUGUGAGGAGGGGUUGCAGCAUUUGGGUCUUUAUGGUUUAGAGAAAAAACAGAUUAGAAGUGACAUGACAGAAGUUUAUAAAAUUAUGCAUGUCACAGAGAAACUGGAUAAAGGAAAGCUUUUCUCCCUCUUUCAUGACACUAGCGUUUGUGGACAUCCAAUGAAGCUGAAUGUUGGAAGAUUCAUAACAGAUAAAAGGAAGUACUUCAUACAGCACAUAGUUAAAACUAUGGAACACAAACCAACAGGAGGCAGUUAUGGCCACCAACUGGAUAGCUUUAAAAAAAGAAUUAGACAAAUUCAUGGAGGACAGGGCUAUCAGUGGCUACUAGCCACAACAACUAUGUUCUACCUCCACUGUCAGAGGCAGUAUGCCUCUGAAUACCAGUUGCUGGGUAUCACAGGUGGGCAGAGGACUGUUGCCCAAAUAGCACCACCAUGAUUGGAUGAUGCCUGCUUUGCAGGGUGUUGAACUAGAUGAAUCUUUUGGGUCAUUUCCAACUCUGCAAUUCUAUGAUUCUACCCCAAGCUGAGAGUACAUAUUAUACCUAAGCUUUAGAGAGUCUAGCAGUUCCCAAACUACCCUGAACUUUCCUUAAAUCCAAAAGGCUUUCUUUCCAAAAUCUAUCAACUGAUACUAACCAUGCCCACCACUAGUGUUCCUUUUUAUGUGUUUGCCCAGGACACUGACCCAGGAAACAGAUAAGUGGAACAGAAUUUGAAAUUCCCCAUGCAAGAUGACAAGCACCAUCAAAUUGCUUAAAUUGCAAAACAAUGAAAAAUUCUGAGAAAUGUGGACAGCUCUGCAUCUCUUUCCACAUCUUGUAUAAAUGUCCAGUGGCACAAACUUUUAUGGCAACCAGAUAUUUUCCAAAUGUGGAACAACACCGGGCUGCCCAUAAACAAUGAUCUCAAAGUAUUCUUAAUGCAGGCCUCUGUCACUCGCUGUCAGCACAAGUAACUCCUGUUCUGUCUACUUUCGUUAGUCAAGAUCAUAUGGGCAAAUAGUUGGAAGCAUAACCUUCUUCCCUACAUGCAGGGAUUGGAUGAAGAUAGUUUUGAGAGAGAUUGUGGUGGCUCAUAAAGAGGCUUGCCAGGCAAGCUCUACUAAAGUUGAAGCAAACCAAUGAGCAUUUCUUGCUCUCGUUCUCUUUCUUUUUUACAUUGAUUAUUCAGAGAAGAAACAUAUGAUUAAAAUUCUAAUGUAUUUUUGUGGUCAAAAUUCAGUUUGUUCUGAAAUGCAUUUACAUACCUCCACUUUGUCAUAUUGUCCUUCAAGCCUGAGCUGUCGACUAAAACAAAUGGAGUAAUGUUUGGUCUUGUGUCUUGCUUCCACAUGAAACAAUAUAUAGAGGAGUUACAAUCUAAUGCUUCAUUUUACCUACUUCACAAAGUAAAAAAAACAAAAAAUCCUUUUAAAAUGAAAUGAUGGAAGAAAUAGCAUGUUGUAAAUGGUAGCUACUUAUCUAAACUUACUGGUAGCCUUUAAUAUUGGGGUCUCAUAGCUACAUUAUAGGGAUGCUCAUUUUCUGAGCAUUUUUAAAUCUACAAAUGUUUCUUCUGUUUCUACAUGAUCCUGGCAUUUUCAUACUGCUGCUAAACACCAUGAGACACCAUCAGGGCUGUGCCAUUGAGACUGUCCUCUCCCCUCUCAGGGGGACACACCAUUCUGCCCUGUGAGAAGGAAAGAGGCAGGCUGGGAGAGGGAGUUGUUUGUGUGUGUUUGGGCUUGCUUCAGAGUGAGUGGGAAAGUUGUAAAUUGUAGAAUUGCAAAGCACCUAGAGUGCCUUGGCAAAAUGACAGUAUAUAAAUUCAAUAAAUAAUAAAGCCUUCUAAUAAUAUUACUACUACUAUCAAGUGUUUACAGUACCUACAUGGAACAAAUACCCUGGAACACAGAUUUGCAGCCCAAAUUGGACCAUAGAACAUGGAUUUUAGAAUUUGAGAUGUAUUUCCCACCCCACCCCCAAUCCCAAGAAUUACAGUUGGGAGUGGUUUUAAAGAAGUACAAAUAGUGAAAUGCAUAUUUAAAGCUUUCAAAAAGCAUUAACUCAGCCUAGGUUUGAUAUAUCCACAUAUUAUGUGGUCUGGGAUCUCUGACUGAAUAUUUAUUCAAGACACGUUGCUAUAUUUUCCUUUAUAGUGUUUCUUUCACUAUAACCACCUAGGUCCCUUCUUCAAAGCAGAAUCAAUGAUGUUUUCUGCAAUGAAAUGCUGUGAAUUAAUGUUUUCUAGAGCACUUGUAAGCAUUUCUUAAGGUCUGUAUAAGUGCUUUACAUGGUUGUUACGAUGCUUGCCAAAUUGCUCUUGCUGUUCUGGCAUAAUAGAGAUGUUAAGCAUUUUGUUUAAAGCCUAGUUGCACCUUGAAAAAGGAGAUUCUAAAUGUAGCAUUUCUCUCUUUACUUGAAAAUGGAAGACCUGGAGUAAAAAACUCUGUGAUACUAGUUCAUCAAGCUUCAGUUAUGAUACAUUUUUAGAGUUUGUAGUUCUGAAAUUUAUUUUCUUUGGAAAGCUGCAGUGGUCUUUGGUCAAAAGCAAUAAAACUAUAGUAUUAAUUUUCACCAAAUGGAGUUCAGGGUAUUUCUUUCAGAGGAUACUUGGUUCUCUGAAGAAUGCUGCUGCUGCUCAGAAUAAUUCCUAUAUUAUUUCAUAGGGCUUUUAUUAUAUUUAUAUUUUAGGUGCUGUUUGGAUUAUUACUAUUCCUUUCCUCUGUUUUUAAUUAUACUACUUAAGAUCUGAAACAUUUGUAAGCAGCCUUGAGGUUAAACACCUCAUGGGUGUUCAAAUAAAAUACAUGCGAGUAAUUGCUUUAUGUGUUGAUGUACUACAAUGGUGGGAAAUCUCAGGCCAAGGGGGACAAAAUACAGCCCUCCAUCCCUUUCUGUUUGAUCCUUGGCACACUCUCCAGGCCACCUCCCUCCUUAGCCACACACGCGCGCACACACACACACACACACACACACACACACUGCACCAACUAUGCUUCAUAUUCCCUUCUUGAUUUUUUUGGGGUGGGGGCAUGACUGCAAUGUGUCCUUGAACUUUGAUAAUGCCCUUGUAUUUGAUAAUGCUUGUUGCUUGUCUUGAUGGAGGGUAGAUAGGUCAUGUGUGUGAAGAAACUAGGCUACUGUACAAAGGAGAAAUUUAGAUUUGUUUCUCUGCUCACUUUUCCUCUGGCUCCUCCUGUCACUGGCGUAUGGCCCCAGAAAUUUGCCUAGAAAGAAUUGUGGCCCCCACCCCAAUCUGCAAACAGGUUUCAUGCUUGCUGCAAAAUGGAAAUGUUUUCUACAAGGGAAAUACUUAAUGUAUAAAGCAGCUAUAAGCAAAUAUGUUUAGGCUAGUUCUAAUACCCUGUCCUCCUGGGUUGUCAUGUGCUUCACCAGCCAAGCCUCUUUGAUGCAAUAGAAGCUAAAUAAAGCUCAACUUAAGUUACUAGUUGAACUCAUUGAACAGUUAGUCUGCAAUCUGUUUCAUCAUGAUUUUUAAAAAAAUGGUUGAAGUCAUUGUUCAGUGUAUUCUUCCUCACACAGAAUCUUCAAGGGUGGUCUCAGACUGAUAAAAGAACAUGCUGGCAUGGACAUGCAGGUGGAGGACUCCAUUCAGAUCCAAAGGAAGGGGUAAAUAUUGCUCAGCCCAUUUGUUUCUGUAUAACUCCACAGUAUAGCACACCUUUUAACUUUUGUUGGAGAACAGAAAACUUCUGGCAGUUUCUCAAAAUGUUCCAUCAAGUUUAUUUGCUAAACCACUCUUACCAUAAAUAAUUUUAAGCUUAGUCAGUAGAGCAUGAAACUUUUAAUCUCAGGGUUGUGGGUUUGAGGCCCACAUUGGGCAAAAGAUUCCUGCAUUGCAGGGAGUUGGACUAGAUGACCCUUGUGGUCCCUUCCAGAUCUACAGUUCCAUAAUUCUAUGAUGAGGUGCUUCAGACCCUUUCCCAAAAAUGUGACGGUUCCACCCUCUGCUUGGUGGGUCGUGCCAUUUUGACUAUGUAAACAUCAACAUUCCUCUUCCACUUUCCUUGCAUCCUCAGCUAUAUCAGAGCACUCCUGGUCCUCAGGGACAUGGGGUUUUUUUUUAAUUUGUAAUAUUUAUUUCUGCUUGACAGUAUACCUUCCAGGCAGCUAACUCGUCUGGUCCUUAUGUAAUGUUAAGCUAUGGUUUCUUUAGCUAUAGUGUGAUUUGCUUGAACAUCCAAACUUAGCCCAGCAGCCUAACAAUAGUUUGUUACCUGGCAACAAACCAUGAUGUGAAGCCACAAUUUGGACACAAGAAUGCAUGAAAUAAAGCAUAACUCUGGUUAAAAGGUUGUUUUGUGUGGAAGCCACUUGUAACAGAUUCAUGUAUCUUUUAACUGUUUUUACACUUGCAUUUAAUUUAUUUCUGCUUCUGUAUUCUGAUUAAUCUGGACCUUUGCUGUAAAUAAUUUUUUUGCACCUUCUUUUCCUUGAUCUUCCCUUUGCCCUUUUUAAUAGUUCAUGGCAAUCCACUUGCUGCUUUGCAACUGCUUUCUGUGUUUUCUGUUGCUUUGUAACCAGUCAGGUUCAAUUCCUUGGGUUUGUCACUGUUGUUUCCUCCUGGUUCUUUCAAACAGCAUUCCUUUGUGACGAACCAGUAGCAAUAUCUAAUUUGAACAAGUAGCUGUCGUAUUAACUGGACGUUUCCAUUUCCUGCCAAACCAUUAAUGGUGCUCAAACAUCUCUUCUCCCUGCUUUAAAAUGUGACGUUGUGUCUACCUAAAAGGGAAGGAUUUCUGUGUAUGCUAUUGCUCUUCUCUUUAGAGUGAGGGAUAAGCAGAAAAUUAUUUUUUACCAACUUGAGGCUUAUAAGUUGUCAACAGAGAAUAUGUAUCCUCUGAAGGAUGUGUGAAAGGUACUUAUAACGGGUUCUGCUCUCAAAUACUUUAGAUUGUCAACAAUUUUAAGUGUAUCUUAACACUUGGUGGGGACAGGGUGGGUUAUGGGAGAAAACAGCAACAGAAAAGGAAUCUGAAUUAUUUUUUGCUUCUAUGCAUUUUAUUCAUUUACUUUAAUAAUGUCACAGUCUUGAAUGCAACUUGGCAGUAUUAUAUCAAAAGUAAGAUUCCCCCCCCCUUGAUAUUGAAGAAAGAAAUCACUGAGAGAAUACAUACAAAUAACAUUUACACACUCAAAAAUCACAUAUUCCUAAGCACUGCACUUUGAAACCAUGUGAUAUCCAGUUCAACCAAAAAAGCAGAUAGCGCACAAAAGAAGCACAAGUGCAACAUCCAACAUUGCCCUAAUUUUUUACUGAAAUGAAGAGAGAAUAAUGCAAGUGGGGCAUGGCUGAUUAGAUGUUUUUGCUAGCUAUGAUCAUCCCAUCACUGGCUUGAUGUAGGUAUAACGUUGCCCACUGGGGAGCCCUCCAUAGGCUUGUGUGCUUCUCUUCUGCCUGAAUUCUCACCCAGGUGUUCUCCAUCUCUUUUUGCUUUGGUGAGGGUUGCCUCUGCACAACUAUAGUAAAUCCAAGGUUCAGUUUGGAAAUCUGAUUGUGGUUUCUAGCUAUGAUUUGGUAGUAGUACAGACAUAACCUGCCCAGAGGUUCAUCUGGAUAGUCUGGCUUUUAACUGCUGUCUUUGGACCAGUCCAGCUGUAUUCUGUCAGGGAUUAUUUAGCUGGGACAUUUGCAGUGCAGAUGGUCGGACUACAUGUCCCUUGAAGACCAUUCUAACGCUACAGUUCUAUGAUCUAUAAUGCUAGCUGGCCAGUAACACUGAUUAAGAGAUCAGGAUUAGGUUACAUGCCUGACAGUGGCAGAGGAAGGGGGAUGCGGUGAGUGCAGGCCACCCCAGGUGUCAUCACUGAGGGGGAGGUGACAAAAAUAGGACUUAAUUUUUUUUAAAAAAAAUUGGGCUCAUGAAACUUUUUAGUUCUGUCAAGAAACGUAACAAAAUGUGGCUGGCACUGGCCGCCACACUGCGGGGGCUGGCACUUACCCUGGGGCCUGCAGUGUGCCCGAGCCAUGCGUCUCUCCUGGGACUGAUGUGGUGGCUUGGGUGCCUGUAGGCUCCUGCAGCAGCAUGGGACUUGUGUCUGCCCUCCGCCUCUCCCUCAGCCACCCUACAGCUGAGGGGGAGACAACGGAGAGGCUCCACGCAGCUUGCCCUGCCCCGGCUGCAGGAUGUGUGCGCUGCACCCGGCACCCAAGCAGCUAGCUACACCACUGAUGCCUGAUCCUCAUCUCCCAAAUUGUUUCUGAUCCUUGAUUUUAAUGUCUAAAUAAUAAUUUUUUGUUUAUACAAACCUGGAGCAUUUGAAUACUAGCUUUCAGAACCCAGGAUUAAUCCUAGAUUCUAAAAGUUAGUUUUUGAAUGCCCCCUACUUUAUGUGCAAUAUGAGGGAGUAGCAUAUGAUCCUGCAGCCUGAUCACUAAAGCCUGGUUACUGGGCAGCUAGUGUUACAUCUGUACAGAUCCCUACUUCUCAUUGUUGCUGUAGGAUUAUGAUUUUAUGGUGAAGGAAUAUAUAUAGCAAGGUUUUGAAAUGAUGCACAAUUUUAUGACGUAUAGCAUUAGCUUGGGAAUACAAAUAGAAAGUUGUUUUUGGCUUUUAUACUUCAACAUAAAAAAAUCUUGGCUAUCUUUCAAAUUUACCUGGCUUUAGAAAGGCUCAUAAAAUAAGAAAUGAGCUGUGAUUGAUUGGUUUGAGCUUUAAAAUAUGGAAUAACACAGAAGCUAUACUAUAGCGCUUCAGUUGGCUGUUAAACAGCCUCAUAAUGCAUGAUUACCCAACUUCAGCGCUAUUCUGCUAAAAAGGAGUGGUGACAUUUUGCACACUAUUAAGCCAUCUAGAACAAUUUUCUUGGUCUUAAGUGUGACAUUCCUGUAUACCCCUUGAAAGAAUUCCCGGCUAUUCUGAAUAUCCAUUUGAAGAAGGAAAGUAUAUCUCUGGGUUGAGAUUUUGCAACCAUCAUUUGAUUUGUCUUCUGCAACAUAAUGUUUUCUCUCUUCAGAUGAAAGAAUUACAAGGUGGAAAAAUAAUCAAAGCAAUGCUUUCCUACGUGUGGCCCAAAGAUAGACCUGACCUACGUGCCAGAGUUGCCAUAUCACUAGGAUUUUUAGCAGGUGCAAAGGUAAGAGCUUUUUCAUCAAUUUGAAACAGGGUGCAAAGCCUUUACAAUAAGUGCAGAAACCGGGAAAGAAAGAAAGACUGGCUUAAAUCAGUUCAUUUGGAUUUUGUGAGCAAUUUUAAAAACGCUUUUAAAGAACUCUUAAAUGUCUCAGCCGCUGUAUCCUAAAAAGGUAGCAUUUUCUGACAUUUCAUCAUAGUCUUUGUGACAGGCCUUGAGUGCCUGCAGUACUUUUCCAUUAAUGGGCUAAAUACUUCUGAUGAAGAUGUUGAAGGCUUGAGCUCAUGUUACACUUACAGACGCCUUACCAUUGUAAAGCAAGACUGGAUGCUCCAUCCCUCCUGCUUCUGCAUUCUGGUGCACAAACUUUGCCUGCCUUCGCUGCAGUUUAGCGAACUACGGUUGGCCUCAACUGGGAUCAUUGUUGAUCAAGGCAGGGGUAGCACCUGGUGUAAGGAUGUGUGUAAUUCUGUGGCCUUUUUGGAGUUAUUUAACUGGAUGGACAUGUAGGGACUGCUUUUUAUGGUAAGCUGUUCACCUGGAACUGAAAGUCAUCGCUUCCCUGGGCAAUUACAAUCCCCCAUUUGCAUGAGUUUAUGGUGGCACAGUGAAUAUGUAACUUCUCUGCAUAUUGGUGUACUCUGAACAAAUCAAUUGAGAUGUUGAUAUCAUCUGUGUUUUCCAAGUGAAAGCAGUCUUCAGAUAGAUCUUUUUGUUGGCAUUUUUGACAUCUAUUGAAGACCAUCUUUUGCUAUAGAGCUUUCCUUCACACUGGCUAUCACUAACUGACAUUGAAGCUAGAUUUCAGGAUUGCAUAUUAAUCUUGGUGGUAUUUAGUAAAUCUUAUUGUAAUGAUCCAUAGGAUAAAUGUCGGUUCACUCUACCAUAACCCCUUUGCCAGUGGAAAUAUAGAAAUAAAUAAAAUAUGCCAGAAUAAUGUAGAUAUAUGGUGAUCUACAUUUUGAGGGAACAGUUGUAUUCAGUGGCUGUCCUGCAAGAAUUAAGAGCAGGCAUUUUCUCCCCCUCUUCAUAUUCAGAUUUUUUUGCCUAAGGGACUACUUAUGAGCCCACCAGUUACAACUUUGCAUUCAAAUCCAGUGGCUCAAGAUUGUACAUGGGGCAGCUUUGAUUCAAGAUGCAGAAAUGGAUUUGUAGUUGUGUUAAAUUCCCUGUCACACGGAGGAAAGCCUAUGUUAGUGAAAAAUAACCUUCAGUCUAAACCAGGUUGAAUCAAGCACCCUCUUAUCUACAUUCAGCAGGUUUGCUUUGCUAGGAAAGAAGGGAGGAGGCUGCAAGGAGGAGACACAGAGAUGAUUAAAAGAGAGCACUUGUAAGACACACUUGUUUCAAUUUUAUUUUAGCUGAACAGGAGUGGAGCAGGCAGCAUUUUUGUUCUCAGUAUGUUUAGCAUGAUAGCUGCCUGCCUUCAAGGCUAGUUUUGUGUGGCUCUUCUUCAGAUAUUUUGGUUAAGAUUCAAAGAGCACUUUGGCUCAUGCAAAAAGGGCCCCUUCUAGCCCAGUAAAAUUUUAAAAAAUAUUAUUAUUUUAUUUAAAAGCUUGAUAGUUUUGCCUUUCCAUUUGCACAAAUCUGCUCAAGGCAGCUCACAACAAAAUAAGUAACACCUCAACAAAAGAAUAUGGUAAGCUAAUAUGGUACAGCAAUAAAAUAAAAUAAAAUAAAAUAAAAUAAAAUAAAAUAAAAUAAAAAACUGGUGGUUCAACAAAAUGACUUCCACAGAGCCAAACCCACUGAAAAAGGAAAGUUUUUGAAAGGCAGCAGAAAACCAUUGGAGAGGAGGCAAGGUGAGCCUUUCUAGGUAGGGAGGUCCGUAGCACAGGCAUGGUCACAAAAAAGGGCUCUCACUCCUGUUCCUACCACCUUCUAACACACCAUGCAGAAAAGCCUCUUUAGUAACUCAUAAUGAACAGGCAGGUUUAUUAUUACUAUUACUGUUACUAUUACUAUUACUACUACUACUAUUACUAUUACAUCUGCCCUUCAGCCAAAGUUCCCAGCAUGGGUUAUAACAGUUACAACAAUAAAAACAGUUGUAGGAGAUAGUCCAUUAGGUAUUCCUAGGUCUAAGUUGUUUAGGGCUUUAAAAGUAAUAGUCAUCACUUUUGAAUUGUAUUUAGAAACUGACAGGAAAAGCAAUAAUCCAAUGAAGUUUGAACUAAGGCAUGUGUCAUCAUGGUCUUUCUAGAAACAAGUGUAACUGGCACAACUGUCUAGACCUGACAUAAGCAUCCAGAGCAAACUCUGGACUCUCUCAGUGGUUUCAUGAAAAUAUUAAAUGGCACAGGUGACAAGAUGGGAUCCUUGUGGAGGACCAUAUUCCAAAAGUGCCAAAUAAUAAUUCCUUCACACCAUCUUCCCACUCUUUCCCACUAUCCUUUUGCCUCUUACGUUGACUGUAAACCUUUUGCAAAGUGUGUUCAUUCUACUUAAUAGUGCUUAUUGGCAUUCAAGAAAUGUUUCAGUUAUUGCAUUAAUUUCUCCAAGGAGCACAAGGUGGCGUACAUAGUUCUCUUCCUCCCCCUUGUAUCCUCACAAGAACCCUAUGAGGUAGGUUAGGGCUGAGAGACUGUGACUGGCCCAAAGUCACCCAGUGGGUUUCAUGGCUGAACAGGGAUUGAUUGCUGUAAUACCAAAUGCCUUGCUAGAAUAAUAUAAAUACUCAUAUUAUUCAGACACACCAUCCAGCUUGGUCCUGGCAAAUUCUUCAAAUAAAUUUGGAAUUAAAUUGGAUCUUGUUGCAGAUUGAUGUAUGGUUAAUAUUGUAUAGAACAUCUGCUUCUGAGAAUUCAAGCAAUGUUCCUUCCACAUUGCUGCAUUCCUGUUUCUUUCCCCCCAACUGACCUGUUCCUUAGAACAUGCUGAUUUAAAACAAUUUUUAAGGGUUUCUAUUGCAAUAAUAGGACAGGACUUUUCAACAUGAACUGAUGUAGCACAAUUUUCUUGGGAUUGGUUUUUUACAUGAUUGGCAAGUUUGUAUAAUCAGACCUCCCCCCCCCCUUUUUUUUUUUUACCUACCCAAUUGUACACACCCACCCCAGACUACUUGGAGAGGGCCCUUAUCACUUCUGUAGUAAAGAGGCUUCUCUAAAAUGGGAUGGGGGGGAGACAUAUCAGUUUAUUCUUCAUUUUUUUAAAAAUUAAAAGAUCACCAUGUGCUCCAGUGCUGGUGUGCAGAACUUCCAUCUUGAAAAAGAAAUCCCCUUCAUCAGAGUGUGUGCUGCUAGGAUUGGAGUGGGCUGCUUUUCCUUAGGGCUAGGAGGAUGUGGGGAUCUAUUUCAUCAGGAUAAGGAUUUAGGGACUAUCCACUAAGCCUUUUUAAUUAAAAUAUUACUAUGUGCUUAAAUACCAGUAUACAGUGCUUUUGAACAAGGAAUAAAAACUUCAUUGGAGUAGCAACAGCCAUGGAUAUAAUGGCAGGGGGAAAGGGAUGGGCAGGUGGUGUACGCUUUGUGUGGGUGUUCGGUAAUGAGAUUUCCACAGUUCUACCAUGACAUUUGCCAUAUAUAAAAAUGGAUGUGUUGUGGUUGUCGGGAAGUCCCCAAGAGGUACAAUUUUAGACAUUUAUCUAUAAGCUGUCAUGUCCCCAAAAUUCUAUUCUGAUUCCUGACAAUAGUGACAGCCCAAUUCACAGUAUAGGUAACACUUGGAAAGCAGAGAUGACACUGGUAGUCUAAAUUGGUUUAAGCCCUUCAUUUUAGCUGAGUUAUGGAUCAAUGUCUAUGUAUCCAUAGUUGUUGGCACCCGCCUGUCUCAGCAGACAGAGGAGUGUACCUUUGAGGGUAAAGUCAAGCUGUUAGAAGGCUGUAGAGAUUGAUACAGGAGAGGCAUGUUUUGUUGCAGCUGGGGCAAAUGAAGGCGUAUAAUUGUGCUGCUGCAGAUGCACCAUGGCAUUUCUUCUGUCUGUGCCUCUCAGCGGUCAUUCCUCCUCUGAUCACUGCAAUGGAUACUCUACACAACUCUGUUGUCUCCAGGCUGUCUCCUGACAUCCUGCCUAGUUUCUCAUAGAACUGGUCCGUGGUUUGUAUGCCAGAGCACAUAGUUGGAGCAUAGAUGCUCUAGAUGUUAGCGAACCAGAGGUAGUUGAGAGGUGGAGGGAAAGCAAGCAUUCUGAGCCCUCCAUCAGUGGUUCUAUCACAGACAGAAGGGAGUUCCUUACUGCAAAGCCUACACCAUUAAUACAUGAUUCUUUUGGAUGCCCUCACCAGAAAUGGUGUAGUUUUUCUCUCAGAGGCUGCCAUUCAAACACCUCUGGUCUUCUGUGGAACACCAAUGUCAGUGCUUAGCGUUUUCAACUCAUGGUCAAUGAUAGCCAUCUUCUGUGAGUCAUUGACCUGCAGCAGAUCAGUGGACAAGCCAGGACAUAGCGCCCUGAUGCUCCAGCUUGCUAGGUGCAAGAGGGUUUCUUUCUUUUCUUUUUUGCCUGGUGCAACUUUAUUCUUAUUCUUAUAGUGACAGCCUAAUUCACAGUAUAGUUAAGACUGCAGCACUUGGAAUUAAGCAGAGAUGACACUGGUAGUCUAAAUUGGCUUAAGCCCUUCAUUUUAACUGAGUUGUGGAUCAAGCUGUAUGUAUCCAUAGCAGCUGGAUUAAAUUUGUGGGUUUGAUGAGCUGCUGUCACCUCCUGUCACAUUUGCAGUCACUUUUGGCCUUUUACUCUUGGGCUGAACAUCCAUUACUUAUGAAUCAGGCAUAUCUUUCACAGUCUCUAUGUUGCUGCUGACUGUUAAUAUUGUACAUUCAGAAGGGGAACUGGCUGUGCAAAACAUGCAUGUGUAAAGCCAUGGGAACUUAAAAUGGAUGAUCCACCUGCUUUGUGAGUACCUCUUACCUGUCUAAGCAACAAGGUAUAUGUCAAUGUGGUAUCAGCCAUAUGAACCCUUGGGGUCUACUAGCUUCUCCCCCCACACCUCCCCACACCCUAUUAGGACUAGAUUCCAAUAAAAAAACAACAACUCUGCUUAUCUCCUACUUCCCACCCAUCUAGCUGUCUUUAGUAGUAGUGAUCUAACAGCAAUUUGUACUACAACUCCUAGACAUGCCCAGCUCCUGGUAAAGUGGUACCUCUAGUUACGAACUUAAUUCGUUCCGGAGGUCCGUUCUUAACCUGAAACUGUUCUUAACUAGAGGCGUGCUGUUGCUAAUGGGGCCUCUUCCUACCGCUGUGCCUCUGGCACACAAUUUCUGUUCUCAUCCUGGGGCAAAGUUCUCAACUCGAGGUAACUUCCAGGUUAGCAGCGUUUGUAACCUGAGGCGUUUGUAACUCGAGGUACCACUGUACUUGCAUUUGCACAGUUGUUACACUUUCAACCUGCCCCAUCCUUUAAGGAGCUCAGAGUAAUCUCUUAUGUUGCCACAGCUGGUGCAGAAGUAGUCCUCUGGGUUCAUGUAUUCCAGCCUCUUCUUUCUCUUCUCCCUACACCAAGCCUUGUAAUGUCCUUAUACUUCCUAGCCCUAGUUAACAGCAAGUCCCUGUUUGCCUUUGCCUUCAUCAUGGACAAUGGGAUCCAUAUGUAUAGAGUAGAGGGAGCUGGCAGUCCUGCAGCCUAAUCCAUUAAGGGUUGGGAACAUUACACCUUCAUUGUACCAGUAAGACAGGCCAGGUUUGCUUCAUAGCGUCAGUGCAUCAGGUCCCAGACAAAUGUACCAAUGCUUGUAUACAGCUAGACUUGCAAAAUUUGUUUGCUCCAUCUGCUUCUUCCCCUGCAUCCUACAUACUAGCAAACCAAAUGUUAAACUUUCCUUGAGGUUUAAACAUUCUGCUGGAAAAAUGGGUUUAAAAACCUUGGGUCUCCACGCAUGCUAGGUAUUUGUUGAAUUGAUACCAACGUGUUUUAAGUGAAGACCAAAAUGAAAGAGAGGCCAUGUUGGAUAAAACAAAUGUGGGUGCAUCUAUUGUGCUGGAAUGAACAGGAAAUACCUAAAAAUCAAGCGUUAUAUGCAAAUUGUUACUCAAGUGAUUUAUUUUCACCUAACAAUCUAGGUGCUUAUACAAAGGACUCCCUACUUCUCCUGUACCCCAUAGCAAACAGUGAUUGAAGAUGGGACUCAAGAGUCAUAUGUAAAUUGUUGCUCAAGUACAACUUUCUGCAGGAGAGCUAUAUGCUGAUGGAGGCUUCUGCUGGACACCUUUAUAACGCAUCAUAGCUCUUAAGAUAUCACAAGUGUCAGAAAGACUCCAUGCUUCACCUGCAUGUGUGUACUCACUUCAGAGCAGUACCUAAGAAACAGUAUUUGACAUUUUAAUAAUGUAACAGCCAUUACCAUGCAACUGCUUACCCACAAGUAAGCAAUGAGAAGAAUGUGAGCCAUUUUGCAUUUUUAUUCAUGUGGUCCAGAAAUGAAAGCACUGAAGUACCUCAGAGGGAUAGAGUUUAGGUUCAUUUUUCAUCUGUUAUUUAUCUAGAUGUAUAAUUUAUGUCAUAAUUUGUUUCUUUAUCUCUAAGAUCUGCACUAAAAACUUUAACUACAGCAUUCUGUAUCUGUUUAGGGUCCAGUAUAGGAGCAUUAGGAUUCAUUCUAGAAAACUUGAUAGUCUCCAUAUAUAAGCAUCAGCUGAUGUCCAAAGAACAUCAUUGCUUUUGCUUGCUUGAGGAGGCCUUAAUCUUUUAUUUCUUGACUAACAACAUGUUUUCUCCAAAACUGCUUUGGAAACGCAGGGGUGUUUCAAAAGCAAUUUCUAUUAUGGUCUGGGCAGCAGUCAAGAAUUGCUGUUUGAAGAAGAAAUAGCAUUUAAAAAAAAUCUCACUGGGUACAUCCAAGGACUUUUGGGCAAAGCAUGGCUCGGAAUUCUAGCCAUGACUUAUUUUAGUAUCUAAUUCAGCCUUCCCUAACCUGAUGCUCUCUCUAUGCUGGCUGGGGAGUUGUAUUCCAAAACAUCUGGAGGGCACCAGGUUGUGGAAGUCUGAUCUAAUCUUUCACUCUGAGGGUAAGAGAUGGUGGAACUAGCAAUUUUGUUUUGAACAGGACUGGUGGGGAGAAGAUGAUGAGAACACAAAACUGGUUGUGAAUGAGAUUUAAUAACAUGCUGCCUUGUUCUGAUUCAUGUUUUUACCCUCUGGGAUUGAGAGAGACCAUUUUUAAACUUCACUUAAAUACUUAGGGCUAUAUUGGAGGGUGGAGAAAUUCUCUUGCAAAGCCGUAGAGUGGUGCCAAUUAAUUUAAUUGCAGGUUGAGAUAGAGGUUUGAAGGAGGCUACAGCCUCUUAGCUUUAGAAAUAGAACUUCAGCUAUUCCAAGUGUAGCUCAAAUCAUACCAUGUAGCCUGCUUUUGAAAAGUAGAAUGGCUGCAGAGGGACUUCAAGGGAAUCUGCAGCAAAUCAAGCCAAUCUGCAUUAGAAUAAAUUUCAUUUCUACUGAAUAGGCUCCCCUAGGAAAAGCUGUGUUAUGUCCUCUAAAUGAUGGUCAUCACAAUGUAACACAGAUGGAGCAGCAUUGUGGUUAUUAAAACUAAAAGGAUGGAUGAAAAUUGAGUUUCUAGGCAAGUAACACCAAAGGGAGUUGGUCAACUUGUGUUUUUGUUUAUCUGAAGGGCAUAUUUUGAAAUUAACAUUCCAGAGCAGUGUCUUUCCUUAAAGCUUUAAAAUCUAUUUAACACACCCUCAAUUCUUUGGAGCUUUGUAUCUGUGAAAUUAUUUUCCAGCCAUAACAACCAGUUUUGUUUGUUCCCUAUUGACUGUGAUUUGCAGUCAUGGAAUCUCAAGUCUGUGAAUUCUUCAGGGGUUUGCAUAAUUCUGAUUUAGGUUAGUGCCUAAAGGCAGAGCUAGACUUCAGGCAGCAGUGGUGUGGGACACCUGAUUCAUGCCAAAUGGUUGCAAAGCAGUGAAGCAGAUGGGAUGCAGUUUUCAGGGGUGAGGAGGAGUAGAGAGAGAAGAGGACAAUAACCCUGUCCUUAGAAGCAGUGAGAUCUACUAAGGAAGCUAUACUCCAUGUUCCAUUCUUUUCUGACGUUAGAUUAAUAUUUACUAUGUUUAGACCCUUUUCAAUUAUGGCUCCAGAACUUUGCAAUGCCAUUCUUCCGGCAGUCCAUCUUGUCUUCCUCUUUUGCUGUUCGUUGAAAGCAAACCAACCUGGAAUAUAGGAUUUGGUAUUGAGCAAAAUAAGUCAUUGGUAAAAAAACAGUUUAUAAACUGUUGGUAUUGAUAAACCCACACAAAUCAUUCAAGCAAGUGGUGUAUCCUUGUGCACAAUAUAAUGACUGAGGAAUAGGCGUCAUAAUAUAAUAGAAGAGGAACUGUGAUCUUAAGGAAGACCAUUUUGUAGCCUUGUAGUAGUUGACUUUUGCAGUUCAUAGUAUUAAUAGUUCAAGAAAUAGUGUCAGCCAUAGUCAAAAUUCAGUCAGAUGCAGCCAUGUUCCUGCAACUGCAAGCAAGAAUUUGGGUGCGAGUUAGGUAGAGAGGCAUAGUAAUUUUCAUUCCUUUGCAUGAUGGAGCCAACAAAUUGCUUGAUUCAAAUUUGGAUAGAGCCACCAUGGGUGAUGUUUUUAAUAAGCUGCAAACAUUUGUCAGCUUGUACCUUUAACUGCAGCAGAAAUAAAACAUUGCUCAUCACAUUAUGACAUUACACAAUAAUGCACUAAGGUGUUCUGUGUGCUGGGCUAUGCGCACUGUGACAGCUUUGCAGAUAAAACUGCUCAGAUAACUCAACUUUAGGCACAUCUUCUAUAAUGAAAGCAUCUAGAUCCUCCUUGUGUGCAAUUUUCUUGAAUGAAUCUCAUUUAUGUACUGCUGAGGUUGGGGACAGAAGUGCUUGGAUUUCUGACCAGCCUGCCCAAUGUUAUCCUGUCAAGAUGGGCAAUUGCAUCGUAUUCUAUAAAUAUUUCCAGCUGAAAUGCUCUGAACUGCCUCUGAUAACUCUUCAUAGCUUAAUGGCCCUAUAAAUAUAUGCUGAGCCUUGCUGCUUUCUGUUUCCCAGUCUUGUCAUCACUUUAAUGAGCCCCCCAAAUGAACUGAAGCACAUUCUCAAUGAACUGUUUAGUUGAGAUGAAAACUGAUUUUUAUAACAAGCCAGUGGGAAGGUAGCUUUUCUGCAUUGGGGUUGCAGACCUCUUAUUGCAGUGCCCAUACCCCUGAAAUCUGUAGAGCUAUCCUUCUAAGUAGUUAAUAGCAAAAUACCAUAAUUGCAGCUAAUUCAGGGAAAACAUUUAUACUUUAUAAAUAAACAUUUUAGUACAUCUUGCAUAAUUGCUAUGUUUUGUGCUUUUUAGGCCAUGAAUAUAGUCGUUCCCUUCAUGUUUAAAUAUGCAGUAGACAACCUCAACCAGAUGUCUGGAAAUGUUCUGAACCUGAAUGAUGCACCAAAUACUGUGGCAACCAUGGCAACAGCUGUUCUGAUUGGAUGUAAGUGUGAUGCUUUAAUCUGUUGACAGGUGCUGACUUUCUUUGGGAAGGUUUUGGAACAUUAACGAACAUGACCUUUUCAUUGCUAACUCCGCUAAGCAUCUGGAAGUUUCCCCCCACUUUGUUCACUACCAGUUCCUGUAACUUGUUAUUUAUUUAUUUAUUUAUUUGUUUAUUUAAUACCAGUUCAAUACUAAAACAAUGGUUAUAGCAGUAAUCUACCAUAAUAGCAAUUCAUUCUUUGGGCUUGUUAAAGUCAGCAAAUGAAAUGUGGAUUUUAAAAUGAUUGAACUUUCGAUUUAGUAAGUAACACUGGCAAAUAUGUGAAAUAAAAUGUUCCAUCUAUUAAGGACUUAUUGAGGAGCAGCAAUAUAUGCAUCUUAAUAGUUUUUGUUUUUUUAAACCAGAUGGCAUCUCACGAGCUGGGUCUGCUUUAUUUAAUGAGGCUAGAAAUGCUGUAUUUGGAAAAGUAGCCCAAAACUCAAUCCGAAGGAUAGCAAAGAAUGUCUUCCUCCACCUGCACAACCUGGACUUGAGUUUCCACCUGAGCCGGCAGACUGGAGCAUUAUCAAAAGCCAUUGACAGAGGAACAAGAGGCAUCAGUUUUGUGCUCAGUGCCAUAGUAUUCAAUUUGGGCCCCACCUUGUUCGAAGUGGCACUUGUUAGUGGAAUUUUGGUAUGUAUGGCUUACCAGAAGCAACAGUAAUUGUCACUUUUAUUGAUGUACAUACAGCGAUGCUCUGUUAUAGCAGCAACUUUGUUGAUCAUUUGAAUGUGAUAAGCACUAAAUUGGCAAGCGUUGGGUAUUGAGAUAGUUAGGCAUAAUUUGGGGAAGACAGUCCUGUUGGCCAAAUUGGAACCUCUGUCAGGAAAAAGUUGGCCCACCUCCUGAUGUGCAGUCUUGGUGUAGAGGACCGGGCCAAAGUUUCUCAUGCAAAACAACUCUCCUUCAAAUGGCCACACUUUUAUCUGAAUGGCUUUAGAGGUUUUUCUGCUAAAUAUCAGACCUGGAACAUAAAGACAGUAGAUGAGAAAGUACACAGUGCAUUCCCUAGAAAUCAGAUGUCAUAUUUCAUUCACAGAAUUGUAGAGUUAGAAGGGACCCUAAGGGUCAUCUAGUCCACCCGGCUGCAAUGCAGGAAUCUCAACUAGAUCACACAUGACAGGUGGCCAUCCAGCCUCUGCUUAAAAACCUUCAAGGAAGGAAAGUUCACCCUCUCAUAGGAGUCUGUUCUGACAUGUUACUACAAAGCACAUGCAUCUGAAUCAGCUUUUGCAUUGAGUUCAGUUGUCAGCUUUGGUGUGUCCCUUCACACAUCCAUAUCAUUGAAGCAAAAAAUCUGAAUAGAGCAGUUCAUGUGCAAAGUGCAUCUGUGUAUAUUGGAGUACAUGCAGGGCUGCAGAAAUGACCGUAAGUUUGUACUAUGCACAUUUGGACCUUUCAACUGCCUCAAAUGCAGUUCAGCACAUUGUCUGCCCCAGCCUAAUGCCUGGUGCCCUCCAUAUCUUUUGGCUUACUUCUCCCAUCAACCCAAGCAUCAUAUAGCUAUGUUCACUGGAACUAUACAGGGAGCUGUAGUACCAAACAGCUAGAGGGCACCAGAAUGGGGAAGGCUGUUGUAUUAAGGAGAUGGAUUACCCAUAUCACUAUUUUUCUUUCAGUCAUCCCACUGUGCUUCUGGUUUAUCUUUACAGAAUCAUUUCCCUUUUAUUUCAUGGUACAUCUUGUCAAAACAGAUUUGUCUCUGUCGGCAUUGUAACCAAAAUGAUAGAAAACCAUUACUGACAUUCUCCCUUCUUUCUCUUUCCUCGUUCAGUAUUAUAAAUGUGGCGCACAGUUUGCACUAGUAACCUUGGGGACAUUAGGAGCAUACACAGUAUUCACAAUAGGAGUUACACAAUGGAGGUAAGGCAUUUUCCCUAACUGGUUAGGAUUAGCUGGUUUAUAGAGCUGUGGUGAGAACAAAUCUAUAUGCAAACCUUUUGUCUUGCAGAACUAAAUUUAGGAUAGAAAUGAAUAAAGCAGAUAAUGAUGCAGGUAACGCUGCAAUUGACUCGCUGCUGAAUUAUGAAACUGUGAAGGUGAGCCAUUAACGUUUUUAACUUUUCAUAUUGUUAUUAAGUAGGAUAGACUUUAUUAUCCAUUUAUGUAUCUUGAUUUUACUCAAAAGGAACUUGUAUCUGCUUCCUUCUAUUAAUAAUGACUUGCAGAAUUAACCCCAGCUUAUGUAGUUCUCCAGAAUUUUCAUAUAUUUUGUCUUUCAGUAUUCUCUCCAUUUAUGCUAUUAUCUUCAAACAAAAUGACAUUUUAGUGGAGAAAUAUAGUUUUAUAAACCUGUUGGUUAUCUGGGUUUGCUUACCAUUUUUCACUUACAUAAAAAAGAUCCUCCUGUGUAUUUGGCCUUGUCCCUCUUGAUUUGCUUUUCAAGUUGCUUCCAAAACAUGCUUUGAGCUAGUCAUCCAUGGUAUAUGUGGUGUAGUUGUGAGAGGAUCAAAUGUAGGACCAGGUUCAAAUCUUCACUUGGCCAUGAAGCUCACUGUGGGACAGCAGUUGCUGUCCCACAGCCUAAUCUUGCCUCUUGGGAUUGCUGUGGCAAUAAUAUUAUGGUAGGGUGGGGGAGGAUCCCUUGAGGAGGAAAGGAGAUAAUAUUGUGAAUAGUAUUAGAAUAAAUUUAAAAUGUCAUGGGUGCAAGGCAGUAGCAGCUGUGACUGAGUAGCUGUCGGCCAUCAAGAACAGGAGACAGGCAGGCAUGACAUUUGAUGCGUCCAGAGCUGGAAAGUCGGGUGCAGGGGCUAGGUUGCUGAAGCAACAGUAAACUGCUUUAUAAAGUGUUUAGCUAGUUAUGUACUAAAACGCCCUCCCCCAACCCAGUACCCCCUGCCACCGCUUUGGAUUACAACUCCCAUAAACUCCAGCAAGCCCAGCUGUAUGAACAAAAGCAAUCUCAAGAACACCAGAUUGGGGAAGGCUAUAUUAAAGAAUAAUUUAUGAAGUACAAUCCUAAGAAUGCUGAGACUCCUUACAUUCUUUCCCCCCUUACUUACUAGUAUUUCAAUAAUGAAAAGUAUGAAGCUCAGCGAUAUGAUGGGUUUUUGAAGACCUAUGAAAAUGCCUCACUGAAGACUACCACUACCUUAGCUCUGCUGAACUUUGGACAAAAUGCUAUAUUCAGCAUUGGGCUAACAGCCAUCAUGGUACUGGCUAGCAAAGGAAUUGUUGCAGGUACCCUGUUUGUGUCUAAAACUCAUGUCAUUUUUAUGUUGCAUGCAUGCUUGGAUUUUUAAAAAAUGUAUAAAGUCCUAAAGAGAUGCAUUAAAUUCCUUAAUUGCAAGCAAGUGAACUAAAAGACUGAAUGACCUUUUAAAUUUUGCUUUCCUUGCAAACAACAUCUGUCUGUCUCUUGAGACAGUUCUUCAAAUAGGUUUACUUUAAAGGACUAUAUUUUGGUUUUAGAGCAGCUUUAUCACAAUCAGACUGCAGGGAUUCUUAAAAUUCUGGAAAAGAAUCAGUUCAUUGGUUGUGGAAAUCUUGUGGCUGAAUCAUCCAGAUAGCACCUAGCAUUCAGUACCACAAAGUAGUUUUUAAGAAGUAUCCACUUCUUGGUCAUGGGUGGAAAUCAGCUGACAUGUCCUAAGCAAAGACAAUAUGUUAGGAUUGCAUUUAACUUGUGCAUUUACCGUAACUUGUUCAGUUUCAGUCAUAUGCUGUUGAAGGCAGACUACUUGAAAUUGUGCACAUUAAAUUCCAGCAGGGUGGAAAACUUAAAAGCUCUUUUUGUGCCAGGUUCACUUGGGGUGAACCUGCUCUUGGAGGCUCUUACAGUAUCUUGCCUGGCAAUCUGAGUUCCUAUAAGAUCUCACACAAGCAUCCCUGGGCUUCCAGAACUGAUGUGAUGUGCAGGCCUUGCCCUCCAAGCAAGGCAGAGAACUUAAAAACCAUCUAGAAAGUAACUUGCACUCAUACCUUAAAAGUAGAGGAUUAAUUAACUGGAUAAAUUAUACCAUGUUUUGAAGUUGCUGCAGCUUGUGUUGAAGAGCAGAACUAAAUGACUAAAAAGUGUGGUAAAUGUUUGGCAAGCAAACAUACUCUAAGCCCAAUUUUUUUCUUUUUUCUUUUUAAUUAAGGUAACCUAACAGUUGGCGAUCUGGUAAUGGUGAAUGGACUGUUGUUCCAACUUUCUUUGCCCCUUAACUUUCUGGGAACGGUGUACAGAGAGACGAGGCAAGCGCUAAUAGACAUGAAUGUCUUGUUCACACUGCUUAAUAUAGACUCAAAAAUUAAAGUGAGUAUUGUGCAGCAAUAAAACUGUUAGCCCUUUAUGCAAAGCUAAGCAAGGUCUGGUAUGAUUUCACAUGGGAUGGGGGAACUACAUGUUGAGAUUCCUGCAUUGCAGGGGUUGGACUAACUGACCCUCGGGGGUCCCUUCCAACUCUACAAUUCUAUGAUUCUGUGAUUCUACCCAUAAAAUGCUGCUUAAAACCUUUGCCAAAUAUGUUAGAAUGAAUUCAGUCACCUUGUGGAGUUAUUUUUGCUUCGUCUGAUAGCUAUUUUUCUUCUGAAAAGGGAAUGCUACAUGUGAGGAACUUGUGUUUGUUGUUUUGGAAGAAUGGUUAGCGGAGACGCUUUAUUUGAACCUGUGUCCCUGAAAGAGCUUUUCUCCCCCCCCCCUUUUUUUUUAAAGCCAAAGGAGUGUGUUUGUCAUUGUCAUACUUUGUGUGCAUGCCAGGCAUUGAAGUAUUAUUUUAUCACUUUAAUUAAUGAUGCAGAAUUUAUUAUGCAGAACGCUGCCUAGAAGCCAGACUAUUAUAUCAGAAAUUCUUGAGCUUUAUAGAAAAAAUAGGGGGCGGGGGGCGGGUAGAAGAGACUCUUACCUGUGUGACUGAAAUGGCUAGGUUCUCUCCCCCCUUGGAGAAAACAGUGGCUGUAGCUUGCACUGAAUUAGAUCCAUUGUUUAGCUUGCUAAACUCUUUGAAAUACCUUCUGGGCAGUGUGUAAAGCAGCGCUUUUCUUUCAAUAGGAUAAAGAGCUGGCUCCACCCCUGCAGAUCACUCCACAGACUGCUACCAUCGCCUUUGAUAACGUGCACUUUGAAUACCUUGAGGGGCAGAAAGUCCUCAGUGGCGUGUCUUUUGAAGUCCCUGCAGGAAGAAAAGUGGCCAUUGUAGGAGGCAGUGGGUCAGGGUGGGUAAACAGAUGCGCAAAAUUCUGCAUCAUUGAUUUAUUUAUUUAUUAUUUUAAAAUCAUGAUAAAGAUACACCAAGCAAGUAACCCAAGUUAUAACUUUGUUUCUCUUUUUUUGUUUUUGUUUUUGUUUAAAGGAAAAGCACAAUAGUAAGAUUAUUGUUUCGCUUCUUUGAACCUCAGAAGGGGGAGAUUUACAUUUCUGGCCAGAACAUACGAAACAUCAGUUUGGACAGCCUGAGAAAAUCCAUAGGAGUUGUACCUCAGGUAUUGUACUACUUCUCCUUUGGAACCCAUAAUUCCCUGCAAACAUCUGAUGCUGUAGCCACAGCUACUGCAGUGUUGAUUUGAAAACAGGAGCAAUGAAGCAGCUCAGGAUGACAGUCCAGGGCACAAAGGAAGAACAACCAUAAAGAGUUUCACUGAACAUGGGCAAGAAUUACAGUUUUCUCAGUCUUUAUUUAGAUUUACAAACUGCUCUUCAAACACAUUUUCAGGCUGUCAUACCAUAAAAUAUUGCAACAUAAUGAAAUAGCCAGUAGACUGAAAAUAAGCUGUAACAGCUACUCUGUAAAAGCGGCAUCCAAAUAGCAAAUCUGCAAGAGUUAAAGCAAAAUAAAAAGGUCUUUAUUUAGCAGAGUGGUCUUUCAGCAAGCCUCUGUGGGGAGAGAAUUCCAAAGCCAGGGCACCACCUAGUAGCCACCUCAGAUGAUGGAGGAAGCCAAAGGGCCUCUGAUGAAUAGAGAAAUACAUGCAGGACCAUGUGGAGACAUAAGAUCUUCCAGGUACUGCUGGUUACUACUUUUAAAAAACAUAUUACGUAUAGUUAUUAUAAAAACACUAAAAAUACCAGUGACAUGGAAAAUAAGAAUAUUUGGUAGACAGAAAAUAGAAAUUGUGUCCAGAUCUUGUCUUCACUUUUCUAGUAUGUUUUGUCCAUUUCAAGAAACUUAAAUGAAGUUUUUGAGUGAGUUCCACGAAAUUUUAUUGCUUUUUAUUCCACCACUCCACACAAUGCUGCCCAAGGCAAAUAAGAUAAAGUACAAAAUAAAAUAAUUCUAUAAAUUACAUAAUAGUAUAUAGAAGAGCAAGCAAGAAAGCAGGGUCAUAAAACACAUCAAAAAGAAGCAGCAGAAGAUAAAAGGGCUUUAAUCACCAUCAUAGAUGAGGCCUAAAUGGACUUCUCCAAAAAAGGGAGUUGCAGAGCCUGUCAAUAAAGGCCUCCUUGGAAAUCCCUCUGUUCUCUGUGGUUAUGUAGUUAACAGAAUCUUGGUCUCUUCACUGGCAGACUCACAUCUUCUUUUAAGACAUGCUUGCUAGUUUCUUGCUUAUGUUUUUCAGGUAUCAACUUAGAUCAAGUUUAUUUGACAUUGCUGUUUUUAGUUUGUAUUUUUGCCCUUAUGCAUCUUACCAUCCAUUUGUUAAUGUGAUCUCAUUUCUUUGUGUUUUUGUAUCAUACACUGUUGGUUAUCUUACCUGCUUUCAUUUAAGCAGCAUAAAGGUAGAAUUCAAAUAUUUUAAAGAAAGUGAAAAAAUGCCAAAUUUUCAUGGUUUGGGAAGCUCUGAUAAUUUAGUAGUAUCAGAAUGUGAAUGAAGCUAUUUCAGCUAACCCCAUGAGCUUUCGGUGCUGCAUCUUAAAUUACAUAAUCAUUCUGAUUUCUGCCAAAACAACAGAAAUUAUCUAUUCAUUCUUGUCUCUCACACACCCCUUUUGCUUUCUUGGAGGAGAAUUAUCCUUGCAGCAUCUUUAACCUCUCAUUAAAAUGUCACUGGAAAUGCUGUUGCCUGAAGGGGCUUAGUGAAAGGUUCCAGACAAUUCACUAUUGGCAUUUCAGAAAACCCUCUGACUUGUCAAUUGGCAUUUCAUGUUUUGAGAGGUAUUGUUCUGCUUGCAUGUGUCCUAGGAUUCUGUUCUCUUCCAUAACACCAUAUUCUACAACCUCUUGUAUGGCAACAUGAAUGCCUCUGCAGAAGAAGUCUAUGCUGUUGCAAAGCUGGCAGGAAUCCAUAAUGCUAUUCUCAGAAUGCCCAAUGGGUACAGCACACAAGUGGGAGAGCGAGGUCUGAAGCUGUCAGGUAGGUUGACAAAUGUGCAACUUUUCUCCAUGUUUCCAGUCUUUCUGCUAGCCUCAGGCUUAUUGCACAGUAUGUAGCUCACCCCAGCUUUUGGUAAGGUGAAUUGCUUUGCAGUAAGGUAAAUGCCGAGUUUAUUAUUAAAUGGUAGUCCAGCUGCCUUGAAAUUCCAGCACUGACCAUGAAGUCAAUUAGAAGCCUGUGGUAUAGAGAGCAGAGAGCUACCAUUAUUCUUCAUUCCUCCCCACUCCCAAAAUGUAAUGUGGCCAAUAAUGCAACUGUGUUCAACAAAAUAUUUAACUAGAAUUUAGAUGAUUCAUGGCUGCUCUGUGGAAUGAAAGAUGUAUGCUUUUUAGUCUUAGGCAAGUAUAAAGAUACUUCAUAGUGCAUCUGAUCUGAGUAAAAAUGAUUCGCUGUAAAUGUGCAAAUUCUCUAUAAUAAAUACUAGCCUCUGUUAGGAGGUCAUGUUGAAGAUGAAGUAAUUUAAAGACUGGAAUUAUUUUAUGGUCCUAGUAAUGUGCUGUUUGGCUGUGUGUAAAUGUGAGGAUUAAAUGUCAGAAUUGGGCUUAAGGGGGAUGACGAUAAAUGGUGCUGGGUUGGGAGCCCAUUACCCCUAUCCUCUGCCCCUUAGCACUGCCCUUUUAGCUUUUUUGCGAAUUUCUUGGAUAUCAGACAUGUUGGUUUCAUGUUAAAGAAAAUAGUGACUAUUUGUCUUGUGGGAUAAUAUCUCUAGGAUUCUUUGGCGUUAAACCCUAAAUACAUUGUUAAGGAGGGGAGCAUUCUGUUGUAAGUAGAUAUUAUGCAAUACUGGUAGAUUUCCUUUUAUUUGCUUCACUCUGCUUGGUUGAGUUUUUUUUCUUCCAUAGAUUGGUAGGCAGAAGGAGGCUAGAGUGCUUGGUUUUUAUUACAUAUUUGGGGGGGAUUUACGACUACAUGGCUCUAAAGUGUUUGAGAUAGAUGAACCUGAAAUGAAGGACAUUGAUCUUUGUACAGUGUGAAAUAACAUCUAUCCCAUGUCAACAAUGUAAAUUGUUUUUUUUUUAAAUAGUUUUUAAUACUGCACAAUACAGUGUUUUAAUAUCAGUGUUGUGUUUUAAUUGCAGUAGUAGUAAUAAUAGCCCUAUUCAGAUGCUGAGCCCUAUGUAAUGGAAACUGUAGGGUGCCUGAGACUUCUAAGAAACAGAUUCCAUCUUCCACAGCAUAGUAGUGGCCGCAGGAGAUUUGCUUCUCUAACUGGAGAAAGCUAAUGCUGCAUAUUUCAUAUAAUUAAUAUGCAGCAUUCCUACAGUGGUCCUGGUGUACAUCCUUUCAACAUAAAAAGAACAGGGACUUCAUUAAAACUCAAGAAUUGAAUAAGCUAAAAGGAAACUGGCUCUUUUUAAAUCCACUUGUUUUUAAAAUAUCUCCAAGUAUUUGCUUGCUUAAGUCAUGAAUCUGUUUGUAGUACAGUGGUACCUCUGGUUACAAACUUAAUUCAUCCUUAAUUCAUGACUGAGGGCUGCUGCUGACACCACAUAACACCAGUCUUGAAAGACCUACAUUGGCUCCCAGUACGUUUCCGAGAACAAUUCAAAGUGUUGGUGUUGACCUUUAAAGCCCUAAACGGCCUCGGCCCAGUAUACCUGAAGAAGCGUCUCCACACCCAUCGUUCUGCCCGGACACUGAGGUCCAGCACCGAGGGCCUUCUGGCAGUUCCCUCACUGUGAGAAGCAAAGCUACAGGGAACCAGGCAGAGGGCCUUCUUGGUAGUGGCGCCCGCCCUGUGGAACACCCUCCCUUCAGAUGUCAAAGAAAUAAACAACUACCUGACAUUUAGAAGACAUCUGAAGGCAGCCCUGUUCAGGGAAGUUUUUUAUGUGUGACAUUUUAAUGUAUUUUUAAUCUUUGUUGAAAGCCGCCCAGAGUGGCUGGAAAAACCCAGCCAGAUGGCUGAGGUACAAAUAAAUUAUUAUUAUUAUUAUUAUUAUUAUUAUUAUUAUUAUUAUUAUUCCGGAGGUCCGUUCUUAACCCGAAACCAUUCUUAACCUGAAGUACCACUUUAGCUAAUGGGGCUUCCCGCUGCCGCCGCCACCGCACAAUUUCUGUUCUCAUCCUGAAGCAAAGUUCUUAGCCCGAGGUACUACUUCCGGGUUAGCAGAAUUUGUAACCCGAAGUGUUUGUAACUCAAACUGUUUGUAACCCGAGGUACCACUGUAGUUACUUCCUCCUACAUGUACCCAGCACUUUUUAUAUAAUCACGUAACUGGAAGAAUGAUCCAAACUGCUUCCACACCUGCAGAACAAAAACACUGGAUGACUUGAGUAAACAAAGGUGGAAACAGCAGAGAAAGAAAAAGAAAAAAUCUCUGGACCCGGGGAUAUCUCCUUUAGUGUUGAGUAGUGUGAGGCCUCAACUGGAAUUCAGCAGAUCAGGCAUUGAUUUCUGAUCAGAAAAGGAUUCUAACAUUUCUGGUCCUGAGACUUAAGUGAUCCCAAAGAACCAAACUUGUGCCACCGCAUGCUCUGCAGUUUCGAGGUCUACCUCACUCCUUCAAUCUGAGCAGCUCAUUACGCAGCUCAUAAUUUUAAUGAUAGAGGAAAACCACUGUGCGCCCCCCCCCCCAGUAGUUAAGUUCUCCCUCCUGCUUACUGGCCAUUUGCUCCCUCUGCUUACAGGUACAAGCUGAGGAAGGCUGGGCCUUGUCAGCAUUGGCACCCAAGUGCCUGCCAGUUAGCUUCUCUAAUGUCUUAAUUUCACAGGUUGGGUUCUAAUAGGUCACUUAUGACAACAAGAGAGGCCAUCAAUAUGGCAAAAAAGAUACAUUAAGAACAUGUCAGUGACUUUCUAAAUGUAUGAUGCCAGUCUCCUCUGGGAAUCAGUUAACUUAUAUUUGUGACUUCCUAAAUGUUGAAGUAGUUUCUUUCCCAAAUAGGUUUUAUCUUACACAAUAUCAAACUCAGUAAAUAAGGAUUUCAUUUGUAAUAUAUCAGUGGCUCAGUGCUAAUUUCUUCUCUUUACAAAAUAGAUUUUAUCUUGAAUAAUUGCAAACACAGUAAUAAAAAGUCCACUUGUGAUAUACCAGUGGUUCAGUGCUCGGAUGUUGUUCCAGUAAUCCAACAUUUCGUUGCUAAAGAGCUUAGUCAUUGAGCUGUCAAAAUCAAUUGUAACAAAAUUGCACUGAAUUAACAAGUAGAAUUUGUUGUUUAGUCGUAUCCGACUCUUCGUGACCCCAUGGACCACAGCACGCCAGGCUUCCACUGCCUCCUGCAGUUUGGUCAAACUCAUGUUAGUAGCUUCGAAAACUGUCCAACCAUCUCAUCCUCUGUUGUACCCUUCUCCUUGUGCCCUCCAUCUUUCCCAACAUCAGGGUCCUUUCCAGGGAGUCUUCUCUUCUCAUGAGGUGGCCAAAGUUUUGGAGCCUCAGCUUCAGGAUCUGUCCUUCCAGUGAGCACUCAGGGCUGAUUUCCUAAAGAAUGGAUAGGUUUGAUCUUCUUGCAGUCCAUGGGACUCUCAAGAGUCUCCUCUAGCAUCAUAAUUCAAAAGCAUCAAUUCUUCAGUGAUCAGCCUUCUUUAUGGUCCAGCUCUCACUUCCAUACAUCACUACUGGGAAAACCAUAGCUUUAACUAUACGGACCUUUGUCGGCAGGUGAUACGUUUUUGUGGUAUUUUGCUUUUCAGUACAAGAAUGUCCCGUCUGUCACAUGCAUCUACUUUCACUUGGGCUUUAUGAAUAAUAUGCUGGGGAUAUCCUCUAUUUGCCAGGGCAAUCUCUAGCUCACCUGCCGCUCGUUGUACACGUCCAAAGUAGGGGAGUUCCUUUUUCUCUGCAAAAAUUGGCCCAAAGGUAGGUUACGUUUCAGAUUGUAUGGAUGAUACAAUUUAAAAUGUAACAAAGUGUUAUGGUCAAAACACUAAUGAGGGGAGUAGUUGAUUCAUCCAAGAUAAAAAGUCAGGAAAUCCAUUGGCAUUUUUAAAAAUCAAAAAGAUAUCAAUGAACCUUUGAUAGAAAGCCAGAUCUGAAGCAAAAGGAUUAUUAGGACUGUACACAAAGCAAUGCUCAAAAUCAGCCAUAAAUAAAUUGGCUAUGGAAGGAGCCAUGGGACUACCCAUGGCAAUACCCUUCACUUGGAAGACAGAAGGUAUCUCUAUAUAUAAAGAAAUUGUUCUCUAAAGCUAUGUCUAAUAAGUCCAUAAGAAAAUGUUUUGGAGGAUUUGAAAAGGUAUGUUGUUCUAGAGAGUCAUACACAGGUGCAGGCUUCCUCAUGAGGUAUAUAAAGAUUUAAAAUCCAGAGUCACGAGGAGAGAAUCAGAAGGAAUUACCACUGAUUCAAAUUGUUGAACGAAUCCAUGGAGUCCCUAAUGUAUGACGGAAUCUUAGGUAUGAAUGGUGACAGAAAAUAAUUUACAAAUUUAGCCUAAGGUUCCAGAAUGGAAUUACUACCAGAGACAAUAGGUCUUCCAGAUGGGGGAAAUCCCGCCUUUUGAAUCUUAGGUAAAAUGUAGAAACAAGGUAUUCUAGGAGAUUAGUUAAUCAAAUAACCACCUUCUGUAGAUGUAAUGUAAUUUAAAGCCAAACCAUCCUGAACAACCUGUUUAAUAGGUCUGGUGAACCUGUUAGUGAAGUCACAUGCAAUGGGGAUGUAAUAUGUGGUAUCAGAAAGUUGUCGCUGUAUUUCAAAAUCAAAGUCUGUGGUAUUUAAAUAUAAUGAAAGUAAAACUUUCUUCAUUUACUACUUAUUUAAUAAUGAUGAAUCUUUCCCUUCAUUUCAUUAUUGUUAGGUUUAAACCUUUAAACAGUGUGCUUAAAACCUGAUUUAUUUGAAAAUAUAAACCUGUGAAAUUAUUUUGGGCAGAACACAGCCAAUAAUGACUGCAGUCUUUUGUGUAGUUUUGUAUGCUUGGCACUAAUUUUAUAGGAGUUGCACACUCAGAACAUUGUAGGAUUUCAGUCAUGAGGAUUUGAAGGUGGAGUAAGGAUGAAUUUAAUUGUGAUCUGAAGCAUAGAAACUGCAGUUAUAAAUAAACAGUUUGCAAUAUGAUAUGGAGAGCAAUAAGCAGCAACUGCAUUUCUAGGAAAACAGAUGUUUAAGGGCUGCAUUUCAUGUUAUACCAUUGCUGCACAGAAAAACACCCUUGUUUUAUUAAAAAACCCAAUUUGUAACCAUUUGAAAUGAGUUACACAGAACCCUAGUUACACAGAAAUCGAGUUACCAUUAGCCACAGUUAGCCUUGAUAACAUAAUACUGCACCAUAAUUAGAGCAAUCUGGGGUACAGGGCAGAAAUGAAAUCCACACACCUCCUGCACACUUUUUAGGCAAACACCGUGUUUGAAUCAGACUACCAGAGUGUCAUGAGAUUGUCAAAUGAGAAACAUUUGCACAAUAUUCUCAGAUGUAUGUGCUGGGAAUCCAAUCUGUUAGUAGUGCAUGUAUAUGCAGCAAAAAGUAUGUGUGCCUUUUCAUAUGGUCAAUACAAUUUCUUAUGCACACUAACUUUCCAUGGAGGCAUUUGGUCACAUUUGAAUUGACCCUUGAACACAAGAGUUCUAUGAACCCAUGCUGAGCUCCCCAUAGUGUCUGUCUGGUCCGUUACAUGUUAAAAAAAUCCUUCUCACAUUUUAAUUUUUUGUCAUGAGAGUGACAUAGAAUGUGAAACGGACAUGGGAGGAGACUAAGGGAAAUAGGCCAUUAUGCAUUAUGCAGUCAUGGCAUACUCUUUCAAAUACAGGCAGUAAAAAAUGCAACACACUUCAGACUAGGUUGUUAUGAAGGGGGAGAAAAGCAGAAUUUUCAUCUUGGGUGAAUAGUUCAAUUUCUGUUUAUUGCUCAGCUUCAGCAUAGCCACUUAAGGCUCAAAGUGAAAUGAGAUUAUUAUCCUCCUAAAGUGGUUUGCUAAAACAAGUCAGUGUUAGUUAGGAGGUCAUAUCACCAAGAAUAUGAAAGAAUUAAAUGGAAGCCUUGUCAAAUCUUUGAAAUGCAGCACAGGAAGGCAGAUGCAUAUAUAGCCAUUAAUUACUUGCAGUGUCCCUAAAGCCCCAAAUGGGUGUAUUUAUUAAAAUAAAAAAUAGCACAACUUGUAUAUCCAAAGUGGCAUGGAAAAGUUGGCCUAAUGGUAACCUUAGUGAAUUGGGAGAAAAUUGCACCCUGGAUACACCUGGUUCCUCUAUGGCCAGUGUUUAUGCUCUCAGCUAUAACUGGCAACGUGUGUUGUGCAGGAAUAGACUCUGAGAUAGGUGCUUUUUUGCUAAUAUGUGCUCCUCUAAAAAGCACAAUUUCCGCAUCACCUACAGUUGUCAGUCAUGCUGGAUGAGCCCACCUGAUACUCAGAAAACCCUGUUUGAAUGCAGCCCUAAAUAGUAGCUUAGCUAUGGAAUGACAGUUGAUUGUACGUUUUGACUUUUCUAGAAGAAUUUCUCAUUCAUUCUGAUAAGACUUGCUGUUCCAAUGCUGCAUUUGUUUUGUUCGUUGUUUGAUUACACUUAAACUAUAGUUCAUAUGAGUUGCUUGGAGUCUUUGAGAGCUUUGAAGGAGCAAAGGACAUUUCACUGGGUGGGUGAAGAAAAUGUGCUGGUGUUGGGUUAUUCAAGGGUAAAAAUAACCCUCAGUGGGUUUGUUUAAUCUUUUCAGGUGGAGAAAAGCAGAGAAUCGCUAUAGCCAGAGCAAUCUUGAAGAAUCCUCCCAUUAUCCUCUAUGAUGAAGCCACUUCAUCUUUAGAUUCAAUUACAGAAGAGGUAAAUUAAGCUACAGAACACAGUACUUUUCCUGCUUCAUCCUUAUACAAUCCUGCUUUGCCACUCUACCAAAUUCAGAAAGGCUAGAAGUUGGGUGCAACCCUUCUUGAGCUGGAUGCAGAAAUAGUUGGGACCUGUUCUAAACAGGUUCCAGCAUAAUCUCUUGUAUUCUGUGAAGUACUUGGGAUCACCUGUCCUGCUUAGUGUGAUAUGAAGGGGAAACAGAUAGUUGCUACUUAACAUUCGUAAAAAUAGUUCCUGUAAAUUAUUGUUGCAAAACCUUUUCAUGGAGCAUCCUAACUGAAAUACAGGUUGGGUGCACAUAGACCUCUGGCCUGGUAUCACUUUAUAUUCACAAGUAGAGCUGUUAAACAUCAAGAUGUUGUGACACACAAGUCAUGACAUUACUGUAGCAACUGCACCAGACUUCCAUAACUGUUAAAUACAGAAAUCUCAGCACCAACAAUAAUUUUCUAAAUCAAUCAUCCUGUCUGUAGCAAAUAUGAAGUUGUUGGUUGCUAAGUGUCUCUGUUCACUUUAGAUUACUUGAAGUAAAUAACCUGUUGACCUCCACUCAUAAGGUUGCCAGCCUGCUGGCAGUCAGUUGAGGCACAUGGUCCCUUCUAGUGUGUAGUAAGUUAAAAUAUAUACCUUUCAAGAGUAACCUCAUUGGAUUCUAGUCACAGAUUCAAAUGUGAAUUUCUAGUGAAUGUUCUACUUCUUGCCUUUUCAUUUUGAUAUAAUUAUUGUGAGGUUGUCAAACGAAGCUGAAUAUUUACACAACACAGCUGCACUUUAAAAGCAUCAUGUUAAAAAAUCACGUCUUUCCCCACCAAUGUGUGCACCAAGCAAUCAGCAAAGUAGCAAAAUGUAUGUCUUGUGCUGCCCAGGUUCAUUUUUAAAGGAACUGCUUUUCUAAAGGAAGCAAAAAUAAACCACUCCCUGUGCACACACAUUACCCUUAUUUAGAAACUAGAUUUAGAAGCCCAGCAAAGCCCCUGUUGGGGUAUCUAGAAUAGUAAAGCUUUUGUAAUAUCUGUAUUGGAAGUUUUCAAAGUAGCUAGCCCCUGAAUCCUUGCACUUUCAUUUCUCAAACUAGCCACCUCUUUCUUAUGUAGUAACUUUGAAAUUGCUGGUGACCCUUCUUAACAAGUGAUAAAAUUAUUUUCAUUUGAUACCUUUCUUAAGAUGGUCUAUCUGCCCUGAAAGGCAUAAAAUGUCCAAUGCUUCACAUAUCUUUAAUCUUACAGAACAUCUUGAGUGCCAUGAGGGAUGUGGUGAAACACAGAACAUCCGUUUUUAUUGCACACAGAUUGUCUACAGUGGUUGAUGCAGAUGAAAUCAUUGUCCUGGAUCAGGUGAGACUCUCUGAAGUUAUGCAAUCUUUCUUAAAUUCCAGCCAUGCUAAAGAAUAUAGCCCAGCUUUCUUUAAGGUCAUUUCACUAGAAACACGCUCUCCAUCAGUUAUAAAUAUCUGAAAGUGUGUGUGCAUUUUCACAUACACUCAAGGACAUAGGAGCAAACUGGUAAUAUUGCCUACUUAGUUUCACUGGGUGAUUGGUGGUGGUGGAAGAAGCAUUGUGUGUUUCAUAAACCCUAGUGCAUUUGUUCUGUUCUUACUCUGCUGCAUUUCUAAUGUGCAUCUACACAAAAGCAUACUAGGAAUGUGACUACUUUUCAAAAGCAUGCAAUUGUUUUGCCAUUCAAUAGAAAUUUGACAAUAAGAUCAUAUCCCCAUGGACAUUUCUUUUGCAGCAAGAUACUCUUCACUAAAUGAGAAAUUUAAUACACCAUACCUUGCUGCAAUUGGAUCAUCUCUAGUAUUUUAUUUUAUUUUUUGCUUUAAAUAAAUUGUAACCCACAUUUCCACAAAACUCCCCAAGGCAACUUGCAUCAUAUUUGCUAACAGCAAACUCCACUGUCCAAAUGCCAGUUCCGUGCACAAGGGGGGAGGUAUCAUCAGACUCAAGGGGAACACUGAGGUUUGCAGAAGUAACAAAAAUAGAUUCAGAAAGAAAACUGAGGUGGGUGAGGGAAAACAGCCUGAUGAGGAUCAAACAUGCUCAGCAGUCACAAAUGUUGACUGUUGGAGUCGGGAGACAUGGUAGACAGAAAAUCAGGUUUAGGAGAGGGAAACGGUGUAUCCCUGAAAAGCCUCUGGGUGGGGGACCCCAAAAGGAGCACUCAAUAUAUAAUCAUUCUGCUUUGGGUCCCACACCCACUUAUUUUUUAAAAAACACAAUGUAAAUUCAAUAAAAUAAAGACCAAAUGACUUUUAAAAAAGCAGUGGGGGGAAAUCAACAAAUUCUGGGGGAAAGUAACAAGAUAAGUGGCUCUUACAGUUUCCGGUUCAACAAUGAAUUCUUCAUUAUUGCUUAUUUAAAACUUCCGUUAAAUAUACGAGUUAUGCAGAAGAAUUUAGAGCAGAGAACUUCUAAAUUCUUCAUUUCAAAUUUCCAAAUGCACUUUUGUUGCUUGUUUUAGGAUUACUAUCUGGCAGGAUAGGGCCUGUUUGAAUAAUACUGUAUGUACUGCUAGUCUGUUAUGCUAGUCUGCUGCCUUCCUGGGACCCAAAUAUGGGGGGGGGGUGUGCAGGAAAUAAAGUGGAACAGUGUUUGUUCCUUCACUGGUGGGAAUGGCUGCAAGGGAAACCACUUGAAAACCUUAAGCUGCUCAUACACAGUUCUCUCCCAUGUGCAUGUGCCCUCUUUUUUUUGGAUCCCAACAGAUUCUGUUUUAGUGGAGUAGCUUUCAUUUCUGUGAUUUUCCUUGAUGAGACGAUUAGUAAUAGCAGCCCAGUUUCUUUUAAAGUGCCUUGCACCACUGCCGCUACCAAUCUUUUACAACAGAGUGCUGGGUGUGAGACAGCCAUCUUUUCCCAUUGUCUCUCUUCUAUGUAUUUCUGACCCCAGUUUUUGUAACACCAGUUUUUUAAAAAGGAUCUACAGAGAUGGAUCCUGCAAAUUUCAGGCUGGUUAGCUUAAUGUUUGUCCUGGGAAAACUGGUGGAAAUUGUGGUUAAAAAUAAAGUAACCAAGCAUAUAGAAGAACAAGCUGUAAUGAAGCAGAGCCAGCAUGGCUUCUGCAAGGGCAAGUCCUGUCUCAUGAAUCUAUCAGAUACUUUGAGAGUGCCAACAAGCAUAUAGAUAAAGAUGAUCUGGUUGACAAUAAUGUACCCGGACUUUCAAAAAGCUUUCAGCAAAGUACAUCAUCAAAGACUCCUGAGUAAGCUUAACUGCCAAGGAAUAAGAGGAAAGGUCCUCUUGUGGUUCAGAAAUUGGUUAAGUUGCAGGAAGCAAAGAGUAUGUAUAAAUGGACAGUUCUUCAAAUGGAGAGGUGUACAAAGUGGAAUCCUCCAACGAUUAAUAUUGCAACCUGUGCUUUUUAACUGGUUUAUAAACAAUCUAGAGUUAAGAGUGAGAGUGAAGUGGCCAUGUUUGCUGAUACUAAAUUGUCUAGGAUUGUUAAAACCUAAAGAGAUUGUGAAGAGCUCCCAAAGGACUUUUGCAGUUCAAUGUAAACGAGUGUAAAGUGAUGCAUGUCAGGGCCCAAGCAUCUAAAUUUCACACGGGGCCUGAACUGGCAGUGACUGGCUAGAAAUGAGACCUUGGGGUCAUAGCAGUUAGCUUGAUAAAUAUGUUGACCCAGGGUGCGGCAGCUGUGGGAAAGGCAAAUUCCAUGCUAGCGAUCAUUAGGAAGUUCAAAGAGGAGCAAACAAAAUGAUUGGGGGUGGAAAAACUGCUAUGAGGAAAAGUUGCAGUAUUUAGAACUUUUUGGUUUAUAGACAAGACAAGUAAGAGGCGACAUUAUAGAUGAGCUAAGAUGUAAGAAGGGCAUGGAAGAAAGGAGAAAACACUGAGUAUGCACAAGUAGCCAAGGGUGCUCUUUCCUUAUUCAAAAUCAGGGUGGCUAUAUGUGCACUGUUUAUUCCCUCCUGCUCGAGUCUGUUUUGAUCACUGCCUUCAUGUUUUUUUAAAAAAAACAGGGUAAAGUUGCAGAGCGUGGCAGGCAUAUAGAUCUCCUUACCAGUCCCAGCAGCCUCUACUAUGAAAUGUGGCACACGCAGAGCAGCAGGAUGCUGAACAGAAAUACUAACGAGAGGUGGGAGGAGAAAACCAAUCACCUGUCCAAAGACGAGGAAAGGAAAAAGCUGCAAGAAGAGAUCAUCAACAGUGUGAAAGGCUGUGGGAAUUGUUCUUGCUGAGUGUGAGCUCAAUUCCUGUCCCCUUCUUCAUCCCAACCCUGGUUUAAGGGUGGCACAAAUUCACACUGAAGCUGUUUUCUGCAUUCAACAGAAGAAACAGUUCAAAGAUUUUGUUGUCCAUGUUAAAAAAUAAAGAAAAGGCUUUUUCCCGUGGAACACAAGUUCUUUAACCAAAGGAUGGUUUUACAUCUGCCUCCCCUUACCUCAGAUAUUAAUGAAGUCAUAGGAAUCAAGUCAAAACUGCCUCAGAACAUCUGAUUGAUAACAUGUUUUUGGUGAAAGACAUGUAUACACUUUUUCAGCAAUUGUUUGUAAAGUGCUGUAAAUCCCUUUGCUCUGGCCAGAAUAUAAUAAUCUGACCUGCCUUGUGAAAUGUUUGCGUUAUAUUGCUCUUCACCACUGAUGGUGGAUUAGAAAUGUUUUUAUAUAUCAGUUUUAACAAAAGCCAGUUAACGCAAAUGUCUCUGUUAGUGAAGAAAAAGAUUUUUUUUUAACAUUCUUUAAUGAUCGUUGGGUUUGUUAGAAUUUGUAUCCUUUUGUAAAGAAUAAUGGAUUUCAAGCCUGUAGCAGCAAAUUCAAAACAGAAAGAUUUCUGCUUAGUCCCUUAACUCAUUCCCUUUCUUAUAGCACAAGGGAAAAAUACAUAUUUCUGGGGGGACUAAGAUCCCAAAAUUAUGAAGGGAAUGGCUCUUUUUAAAUGAUCAGUGUACCUUGCAAGGUAAAAUAAUGAAGGUUAGUUAUCUCCAUUCUCUGCUACUCCUGGAAGUGCAGAAGUAAUUGAUUCUCCCCCCCCCCAAUAAUUUUUUUAUAUUUUUAAAAUACAGUGUUAUCAAACAGGAUCUGAUGACAGCACACAUAGUCCAUAUACAACUAUAGACCACUGUCAAACAAAACAAACAUAAAAUAAAACCAAAAUAAAUAAACUACAUGUAUAUGACUGCACAGAAGGCAGCAACUGGAACUAUUUAUAGUAUAGACACAGUGGAAAUUAAUUGAAGUAUUCAAAUGCCCUGAGACACUGUAUCAGCUGUAUUCAUUUGUAGGCCCAGUGGGGUCCUUGGCUAUGUACUUCCUUUUUCUUUAGUCCUUGAGGACUCUCGGCUUCUUCAUUAGUUUUUCCAGCAGGGCAAUAUACCACACAGUAGUUUACCAAGUAGUAAGAUUGACCCUAUCUACAUUUUUCCAAAAAUCUGUGAUGGUCAUUCUUAAGCCUAUUUAGUGUCUGGGUUCAUAUUUGAGCAAAAUUCUAUGAAUAUUUAAGUUACACCUUUUGAAUAGUGUGAAGAAAAGAAUUAAACUUUCAGGAAAUGAUUUUGUUAUAUUCCAAUGAAAAUUCAAUACAAAUAUUGUCUGUUAUUGUUUUACCAAUAAGUCAGUUUUCUGUUGAGCAAUGCAGCAUGUCUUCAAAUCUGUGGGCACCGUUAGGAGUCCCUAUCAUUUGGGCCCAAGUAGGUUGUUAAGUGUUGAUGAAGAAAAUGUAUUUAUGUAAUAAAUGGGUGUAUGACAUGACUUUGAUUAAAAAUAUACCAUUCUCAUAAACAGUGACUCUUCUAAACUUUUCACAUAUUAGGUUGAUGACAUUUAGUCCAGAUAGACUUACCUGUUACUGUUGAGUUCUAGUUCUGUGGCAUUUUCUUUGUUCCUAUUGCAGGUUUUUCUCCUUAAGGAAGCAUCUGGUGGAGAGUUGUAAAUAAAGAAACAUGUGAGCUUUUGAGCACAUUCUGUAUACUUUGGGCUUAAGUACAGUUUAAAAACUGUAAAUGUGUUCUCAUUCAUUACCUUUACCCUGAAGAACUAUGUUACUUUGUUAAUAUCCUCAGUUUUGUUUAAAAAUAGUAGUAGUUUUGCAUUAUGGAUGGUCUUUUGUUAUUUGCUACAAAGCUGGCAUUGAUAUAUUUUUUUUACACUCAUUUACAACAUAUUAAAAACUUAUAUUGGAUCUGGUAGGAUUCCAUCUGAGCUCAAAUGCCAUUUCUAUAUAUAAGUUAUACAAGGCAAUUUUGGUUUUGCCUUUUGAGGCAACUGGAUGUUGUAAUGUAACACCAAAUCUUGCCACGCAAAACACUGAAGCUGUUUAGUAGUCAUGGACAACAGCUGUAAACAUUGUAGAAUCUCUUGGUUCUAUAAACAUCUCUGCAUGUUCUAAUGAUGCAAAGAUGGGUCAUUUUGCCAUAGCUCAACCAGAUAACAAAAUAAAAGCAUGUAACAUCAAAGUGGGGCAGGCUAGAUAGUGGUAAGACCUGCAGGAUUUUCCAUUUCAUUGCUUGCCUCUUGCCUGCAAGCUGAAGUAUGGAGUACAUGAUGAGCCCGAAGCCAAUACCUGUUUUUCACCCAGGUAGAGUCCUAGUUAUUAACUGGUGUCUGAUCUGUCCCCCUGUAUGCCUUUGUAGAGGGGGGCAGUUACGGCUUAAAUUGUUUGCUUCUUCUAACAACUUAGACAUAAUUCCUAAAUAGUUGCAAUUAAUGGGCAAACUCCUUAAACACAGAAUGCCGUGAAAUAGCCAGGGGAGAAAAUACUGUUAACCAGCACAUUGGCUGUUGAUAGGCAGACCUCUCUGGAGAUUCUUUUGGCUUUUAUUCCUGACUGCAUUUUUAUUCCUAAUGACAUCAUUAAAACAACAACAACAUUGAAAUUAUUUCCAGUCUUUAUUUCAGUUGCAACUUGUACAGUAGAGAUAGUAGUGCCCCCCCCCAAAGCACCCAUAGUAAAAUUGUAUACAAAACAUUCAUCAGGAAGUUACUUUAUCAUAAUUCAUUUAUUGUGUGUGUAGAUAAUUAUUACUAGAAUAAAUUAUUUCUGAAUGC